AUGGAUGAUCAGAAGCCAUCCAGCGAGGACAAAGAAUCAGAAGCAUCAGGUUGUGAAUUACUGCUUCUUGUCUUGUUUUGGGCCCCAUGUACUUUAUCACUUAAAACCAAUAUGGCUUCAAGUUUGGAUUAGUGGUAGCUGUUUUUUAGCUUCCCAUGUACAGGGGAAUGGAUAACUCAUGUAGUGCCUUAUGCUUGCUGCUUUUCCUUUUUUGGGUUUGUGCGUGAUUUGGCCUUUUCGUUCCAUAGCAUUUGCAGACCAGCAGUCGCUGUCUCUUUCAGAUUUACUUGCUGUUUGGUUAAACCAAUAAUGUAAACUUGCAUAUCUAAUAGGCUAGUCCAAAUGUUGCAUCAAAUUGACAUUUACUGUAGAUGGAUUCAUAAUGGUUUUUCAAAGUUGUAUCUUGCAUGCUUAAUUCGAGCUGUCUCCUCAACCCCCCAAGAUUUCAAUUUUUAUUUUUCCUUAUGCUUACCAAUAAAUAGAAACAUAGUUUGUCUUAGAAAGAGGUUGCAUGUUGAUGAUUAUAAUGUUAUAAUGGAUUAGAAUCUCAAAAUGCAUAGUGGAAUUUUGACCCAAGAAUAAUUAUUUAUGGAAGCAAUUUGUGUUUUCUGUUGGCAAGCCCAGUUUAUAGAAUAAUUCUCUAAAUUACUUUGUUCUUGUAAAUGAUUAAUUUGGAAAGGAACACUCUUAUGUAAAUAUGACACCCCUGCUAUUUUGCUUUAUUUUAUUUGUAAUAGACUUGUGCAAAUUUAGUUUGGAGCUUUUUGUCCGAAUCAAAUUCCUUUCAUUCACAUCUGAACAAAUUGACCUGUCCAGGAUUUACCUAUGGCAUAUUGAUCAUUGAAUAAGACUCCUCGGGUAAAUCCUAACGGCUCGCUUUGUUUUGGUAUGGAUUUACAUGAAUUGUCUUUGGACAAAUCAGUCCAAAUACAUUUUUUAAAAAACUUUGAUUUUCAAAAAUGUAACUUUAUUUUUAAGAUAUAUAAAAUUGUACAGAAUAGCCACACAUUGGUUGCUAGUCCCUUAACUUCAGACAGAAUUAAUUUUUUAAUUUUAUUUUUAAUUUUUUUUAUUUUGCCUCACUCCACUGAGUAUUCAACAGAUGAUAUGCUUGAUACAAUGUAAUACAGUAAAACAAGCAUGACAUUUAGACAGUAUGUAUGAGUACAGAGUAGGGGGAGGAUUUUUAUAUGUUUAUAGGUGUGCGGGCCUAACCGGUAGCGUCCAAUAAAGUGUAGAACCUUACUCAAGGUACAAGGUAGCACCCUCCUAUAAUAUAACUAUGGCACAUGUGUUUCGUAAUAUAGAGAGUAUGGAGGGGAACUUCUCGAGUAUCAUGCACCCUCUGAGUGGGUUUAUCAGCUCCCCAAUGAGUUAAACAGCUUUGUUACAGAGGGUGAGAACGGUAAUAAAGAAUACGUAGGAGCGCAGCAAUGGAUAAAAAUAACUAACAAAAAAUAAAAUUAGAGAAACUAUUAAACUAUGAAUAUAGUUCGUCGUCAUGAUCGUGUGGUCACGUAAAGUCCUUCUGGCUUGUUGGUGGAGAUAUCUCCUGCAAGCGGACUGUGUGUCACAGGUUAUUCAGGUUACCGGUGGUGCAGGCGGGCGUCCGGGGGUUGACCGAAGACGGAUCCAUGUUUCGAAGACGGGAGGUUGAAGCAUCCUGUUCCGGUUCAGGCUGCGCAUAUUGACCUCUAGUUCUUGUGGAUUCUUAGCUCUGUAGGUGCCUCCCUGGUGGGUGAGUAUGAGUAGUCUGGAGUUUCCCCAGCAGUAGGUCACAUCUCUGUACUCGCUGUGUCAGGGAUGCCUCUCAGCUUAAGAUUGUACCAUCAACUCUGGUCUUCCAGGUUAUCAACCCUGGCCUCCAUGCCUCUCUGGGCCAGGUGGAUCUCCUCCAGCCUCUGCUCCAUGUUUGUUAUAGUAACAUAGAAUGUGACGGCAGAUAAGAACCAUUCGGUCCAUCUAGUUUGCCCAAUUUUCUAAAUACUUUCAUUAGUUAUUCUGGAGUCUUGGUUGCUGGAGGUGGCCUCUAGGACGCAAGUCGGGUGAGUGCACCAUCUACUGUCUCUUUAAAUUGUGAGAUGUCGGCUGCUAUAUUUGACGCAGCUCCGCCAGCAUGGAUUGCAGCAUGUCUUUAGUGAUUUAGUGAGUUCUUGGCCAGCAGGUGGUGCAGGUCGUACCUUCGGCACCACUCCCAGCAUGGCUCCUCCGUCCAGGUCAGUGUGGAAAUCCUCGGAGGAGUAAGAGGAUGCUUCAUCCUAAGGCGCCAUAUUGGGCCAUGCGGUCUGGUGUGCGCGCCGCAGGAAGUAGCCAAUAUCUAGGCUGUUGGAUGCCCGAUCUGCCUUGUUUUGUUUUUUUUUGUUAAUCAGCCCAUGGUUGUGUGUCCAGCUCCAGGGUGUCAGCCCGCUUUUGAGGGUCAAAUUGGCUGCCAUCUAUUGGCCUCGGAGCUCUCCAGAGAUGCGUCUCCAGCCAGAAUUUUUACAGCGAGUCAUUACCUCGGCACUGUGUGAGGCAGUACACAAAGUGGAUGAUGUAAAUGUCCCUGUUCCAUGUACUUUCUUUGCCGAUGGCUACUGUGCCUUUCCUUCUCAUCUUCUCUCUUCCUCAGUGAAGCUCUAUACUUUUUCCUAAAGUGGUCUUCAACUAUAACCAAUGCAGAGGAAUGAUCUGUACACUUAACCUGCUUCAUUAAGCUAAAGUUGUUUUGGUGACUACAGUGUCAAUUUAACGCUUUCAGUACUCACCCAGUCUUUUUAUUUAUUAAUUUUUUGGCUACUCAGCCGCUGUGUAUGUACAGAAAAGAGAAGCUAGUCAGGAACACUUUUUUUUUUUUUUUUUCUUUCUGUGCACAUUUAGAAGUGCUCUACUUUUCAUUGUGCAAAUCAAAUACUAAGAUAUAGAAACGAUCUAUCUGGGGUGCGAGCAGAUUGUGGUUUGCACAUAUUGACAUGCUCCCUGUCAUCUGCUCCCCUGUACAAAUGAGCAUUCUAUUGUUAUUUACUUUCAGAUUUAAUAUGGCAUAAUGCCAGUAAAUUGGAAAAAUGUGAACUGUUCAGUUAACAAGUGAUACUUACUUGCAUAUACAUAUAAUUUAUAUUCCUAUCCUGAUGACUACUAACCUGCUACUGUUUGUGAUUGAAUAAACAUUGUUCACUUUUCUGCAGCAAGUCCUGAGUCUUUUUUUUUUUUUUUUCCUUCCUUCUAACUUUGUGGAGUGAUAUGUUGCUUAUAUUGGAGCACCCAGGCAUUGUUUAUAUGGAAUGUUUGCAUCUAGGAACUGAGUGCCACCAUUUACCAUGUAUAUGUAUGAGAGAGAGAGAGAUAGCGCUCUAAAUCGAUACACUGAUUAAACACAACAUUCAAAACAGGUGAAGUGAAUAAUAUUGGUUAUAUCAUUACAAUGGCACCUGUGAAAGGGUGGGAUAUAAUAGGCAGCAAGUGGACAGUCCAUUCUUUAAUUUAAUAUGUUAGAAGUAGGAAAAAUGGGCAAGCAAAAAGGCUAGACUAGACGACUGGGUCAGAGCAUCUCCAAAACCGCAAGUCUUGUGAGGUGUUCAGAGUAUGCAGUGGUUAGUACCUACUAAAAGUAGUGCAAGAAAGGACAACUGGUGUCAAGGUCAUGGGUGCCCAUAACUCAUUGAUGCACUUGGUCAGAGAAGGCUAGCCUUUCUUUUACUGUAGCUCAAAUUUCUGAACGACUUAAUGCUGGCCAUAAUAGAAAGGUGUUAGAACACUCAACGCAUCUGUUUGCUGCAUUUGGAACUGCUUAGCUGCAGACCACACUGUGACAACUCUUGUCUGCUGCCAAAAGUGCCUUCAAUGGGGGACAUGAGCAUCAGAACUGGACCAUGGAGCAAUGGUUGUCUGGUCUAAUGUACAAUAUUUUCUUUUGGAUCAUGUGGUUCCUGGGUGUGUAUGCCUUGUUUACCUGGGGUGAAGAUGGCAGCAGGAUACACUAUGGGAAGAAGGCAGGCCUGCGGAGGGAGUGUUAUACUCUGGGCAAUGUAGGGCUGGGAUUCAUACAAACUGCCUUGUACACCCUACGCUGACCAGUCUGUGGCUCUUCAUUUGUAUAUAUUUGAAGGUUAGCGGACUUCUACCACAGACCUCCGGUGCUACUGAUACCAGUGUGCAACAUUCAACUGCGUGUGCAUUGUUUGCAUGGGGAAGAGAUGUCAGCAGAAUGCACUAUGGGGAGAAGGUGGGCCAGAAGAGGCAGUGUAAUGGUCUGGGCAAUGGUUUGCUGGAAAACUUUGGUUCCUGGCAUUUAUGUGCGUGCUACUUUAUGUACAACCUACCUAGAGAAUGUUGCAGACCAUGUACACCCCUGCAUGGCAGUGGUAUUCCCGGAUAGCAUUGGCCUCUUUCAGCAGGACAAAGCACCCUGCCACACUGCAAAAAAUUGUUCAGCAAUGAUUUGAGGGACGUGCAAAGAGUUCAAGGUGUUGCCCUGGUCUCCAAAUUCCCAAGAUCUCAAUCCGAUUUGAGCUUCUGUGAGCUGUGCUGCAAAAAUACAUGGAGGCUUCGCACCUUGAUGGACUUAAAGGAUCUGCUGCCAGAUGGAUUUAAAGGAUCUUGAUGGACUUAAAGGAUUUUGGUGCCAGAUACCCCAGGUGCCUGGACUCCUGAAUGUGCCGUUCAGAGGUCUUGUGCAGUCCAUGCUUCGACGCACCAUAUGUUUUGGCAGCAUUAGGGAGACCUGCACGAUAUUAGGCAGGUUGUUUUACUGUUGUGGCUAAUCAGUGCAUAUAAAAUUCUACCCUAACUAGUAUGCACAAAAAAUAUUUUUGCAAUUACAAACCAGGUGCUUAAUCCGGCAACAUUCGUAUACAAGUGUAAAAAGGUUAGCACUCUAGGGUGUUAAAUUUUUUUUCUUUCUUUAAAUCUUGAUGAAAGAUUUGUAAAGCAUCAAAAAUGAUAUUUUUUGGAUAAAUUUAAGGAAAUUAUUAUUUUUUUUUUUUUUUUCAUAAAACACCCUAGAGUGCUGACUGCUUUACGUGUGUGUAGAUAGAAAUAGAUCGAUCUCUAUAUCGCGAAAUGCUCUGCGCUCAUACACAAACCUAAAUAUAUUGCUCGGUAUUAUUAAUAACCAAAUCGGAGUAAUUACUGUUGUAAGCGAAUAAGUGUCAUGAUUAACUUUUUUUUUUUUUGUAAUGUUUCUAAUAAUUUGUUAAUUCUCUUUAUACACAAGCUGAUGAAAAUGUGUCUGAUGGGGCCUGUGAAGCUGAAGGGGAGGAGGCUAGCAAACCAGUGCAGACAGACCCAGACAUCAAGGAUGGUGGUAUUUCUGACCCACUGUGCAGCAGGUACUGUUAUUACAAAUUUUUGGGGGAGGGGGGAGUGUGAACUAGACAGUCUGUUGUACCAAACUAUUAUAGCAUUUCUUGCAUGCUGUGUACAUCUAACUAUUCUGUGUGCUUACAGUAUUUAUUAUUAAUGGACCAAGGCACAAAUUUACCUCCAGGUUUCUGUUUAAAAUACCUAUGUCCUAGACCUAGGGUAGGCUACCUGUUAGUAGUUCGGUGCCAAAACAUGAUUUUAAAGUCCCUUGGUGUGACUGACGCGCGCACACGCACUGUGUCAGUGGUGUUUUUGGGGACUGUGUAUGUGGGCUGUUUAUAUUAUUUGCAUUAAGGAGAGGCUUAUUCCACAGUUCUGUCUAUAUCUAGCAAUGUGGGUGGCUUCCCUGGGGUUCAGUAUGGACCAGGUAUUGGUCAAGGGUAGGAACCGCGAUAGCUGCUGUGGGCUGCUCUACUCCAUUCCUGUUCACCAGUACUGGGAUGAAUACAUAAAUUGAUUAUCCCUCACCACCUUUUUGCAAUAGCUGAUAUCUGAAGUUCCUCUGGGACUCCUGAUAGGCCAGAGCCUUGAGUGCCGUGCAAAGGCACCUCGAGUACCAAGCAUAUCAUACGUGCCAUAUGUUGCUGACCUCUAAGUAUUCAAAUACCAGUGGCCACUGUAUUCAUUAAAUGGUAUCUGUUUGCUGCAUUUGGUAUUCUAAAGUAUCCAACAUAAAUGUCGUAUGUUUAGAUAUUUGUUUUCAAAUAUGUGUAUAUUAUGUAUUUGAUCUAUUUCCAUUUUAAGUCGUUUAAAAUAUUGUACAUUUUUAUUUAUUUAUUUAUUUUUCCCUCCCAGUGCAUCCAAGACAAGGCGCUGUGCUCUUUGCAACUGUGGAGAGAGAAGUACUCAAGGACAGGGUGAACUCUUGCGUUUUGAUCCUACCCCAGGCCACCUGGAGCUGAUUCCUGAUGAUUGUCAGGCCCAAGCAAUUGACACACAACAACCUGAUCCUUUUGUAAUUGGGUUUGAUGAGAGUGUAUCCCCAGAAGACCUCUUUGAGUCUACAGGUUAGAAGUGAAACCGUUUCUACAACAUUAGCACUCAGUCCUGUAUUCUAAUUGUAGAAAAUACUCCAGGCACUCCAAUAGGUUCCAAGAUUUAAGGCAAUUUAUUUGAACCAAGAACUAAAUUUUUCUAAGCCUCUUGCUUACUGAUAUGCCUAUAAUUUUUUUUUCUUUCUCUUCUCCACAGGACAUUGUUGGGCUCAUCAAAUGUGUGCAUCAUGGUCAACAGGAGUUCAAAACGUGGAAGGAGUUGGAUUAACUAAUGUGGAUAUAGCUGUAUUCUCAGGGAUAUCACAGGUGUGUUACUUUCUGUGCAUAUUUUGUUCAAAAUUGUUUCAUGCAUGGGUGUGUAAUUUUGCGGUCUGUUUUUUUUUCCUUCAGAAAUGUGAACACUGUAAUCGGAUGGGUGCUACUAUUCAGUGCCACUCGACAGGGUGUCUCCGCCGAUAUCAUUUCCCCUGCGCUGCUGCGAGUGGGUCCUUCCAGUCUAUGAAGACCUUAAAACUGCUGUGCACAGAUCAUAUUAGUGAAGCUGUUGCAUUAGGUUGGUUUGAAAACCUUAGCAUCUGUAAAUUCUUGGAAUGUGAAUUAGACAUUUAACAAGCGAUAAUUACUUGCAAAUAGUAAACAUUCUGCUCUUUUGAAAUAAGCUGAAAAUACAUACUUUUUUUUUUUUUAAUGCUCUUUUUUUAAAUUUUAUUUUUAAUACAUUUAAGAAGAAACUGUAAAUGCUGUUAAUGUGUUGGGACUUUCCUUGUAUGUUAAGAGUAACAUUCUGUUUCUAUAAAAUCUUUGUAAUUUGACUUUAUUAUAUUUUACAUCUGAUCUCUGAAUUUCUUUAUCCUCCCCAAUAGUCUUAUUCACUGCAAAUAAAUUUGCAUAUGUCUAUUUCCUUCUCUCCUUCCUUGUCUCAGAUGACUCUCGAUGUGUGCUUUGUGAGAAGCCAGGUGACCUCACAGAUCUUCUGUACUGCACUAGUUGUGGUCUACACUAUCAUGGCUCAUGCCUAGAAAUCACGGUUACACCAUUAAAACGCUCAGGCUGGCAGUGCCCUGAGUGUAAAGUGUGCCAAACAUGCAGGUAAGCAUACUUUUAUUUUAUAAAACUAAAAGCUGUGUGUUUUUGACAUGUUAGUCUUAAAGGAACACUCCAAGCACCAAAAAAAAAAAUGUUGCAUUUUACACUCCAGGCACGAAGUACAUCCAGGCACUAAGUUGUCAAACCUCUUCAUCUUGGUUUGACAAUUUACUCUGGGGUCACAAUCUCCACUUGAGGCGAAAGCUCCUAGCUUCCCUGUGUCGGAACUAAUGUAACUUUUCAGCAAGCUAAAGUACUGUAUGGGUCUGGUGUGUAAACUCCAGAUAUUCCACUACCAUCUUGUGAUAGUGAAGUGUGUAAAUAGAUCUCCCAGGUGUAAUUAAUGAAGCCAGCCUACUGCACUCAAAAAGGUAUGGUGACCAGACCCAUACAGUACUUUAGCUUGCUGAAAAGCUUUGUGUAGAGUGUCCUAUUUUAACUUAGUUGCCCUAAACUUAAGAGGCAGUAAUUGCCCAGAGCACCUGCCUUGCAAAGACUUCUCAUUGAGCUGCAUUGGAAAAACUGUGAUUGGAUACCAACCGGAAGUCUUGGCGGGGUUAGAAGGGGAGAGCUUGCAAAGGCAGCAUAAAAGAGAACUGCAGCUUCUGCAAACUUUUUUUAUUUUAUUUUUUUGCUCCUAAAUCACCACCUAUAUUUCAUUUGGUCAUACUUUACUCUCCUCAGGCACCCUGGUGAGGACUCUAUGAUGCUAGUGUGUGAUGCCUGUGAUAAGGGAUAUCACACCUUUUGUCUGAAGCCAGCUAUUGAAAGCCUACCCUCUGACUCAUGGAAGUGCAAGGUAAUUGAUGUGGAAACUUGUAAAUUGGUUGUAUUAAAAAUCUAAAUGACGAAUUCUCACCGCAAGUUCCCCCAGUAGCAGUAUUUACGGCUUUGAAUUUUCUCCAACUAGAAUUCUAGAUGGACAUUCCAAAUUUGAUUGAUUUUAUGUAAACAAAUUCUUUUUGCAAAAGAGAACUUGGUAACUCCUUGUUCAUGGAUGUGGUUUGACAACUAAAUUUAAAUACCGUAGAGGUUUAAGGGAAGCAAUGGGUCUCCUACACAUUGGGUGAGUGUACAGCAAGCAGAGAUCUACUGGAUCCUCAUCCUUGAAGGCUUUUCCAUAGCUUUAUUUAGCUUAAUUUCUCUUAUCUUUAUUGUAAGUAUUCCAUGAAAGUAGUGACCAUAGGACACUUUCACUGAAACAAUACAAGUGAUGCCUGAAAGAUCUGUAACUCCUUUUUAUUGAGGUGAUUUGCAAUAAAAUAAAGUACUUUUUUAUGUAAUUUUUUUUCUUCUAUUUUAAAUAACAAUAUUUUAGUCACUUGGUUUAAUUCUAGGAACCAUCCCUCCUCCUGCUGUGAUUAGAUAAAACUGGCAACUUAAAGGUACACUACAGGCACCCAGAGCACUUCUGCCCAUUGGAGUGGUCGGGGUGCCAAUUUCCACUACCCUUAACCCUGCAGCUGUAAAUAUUGCAGUUUUCAUAAACUGCAAUAAUUACAUUGUAGGGUUAACUCCUCCUCUAGUGUCUACUAGACAGCCACUAGAGUGCACUUCCUGCUCCAUAGCACAGGUUUUGUGUGAGGACCUCCAGCGUUGCUCAAUUCCACAUAGGAAAGCAUUUUCAAUUCUUUCCUAUGGAGAGGUCUAAUGCGCGCGCGGCAUUGCCGCACAUGCGCAUUGGGUCUCCCCCGCCGGCGGCCACACAUGCGCAAUUGGUCUCCCCCGCCGGAUGACUUGGGUGGACCCGAAACCACUGCCGAGGGACAUCAGCGGGGGUCUCAGGUAAGUCACUGAAGGGGUUUUCACCCCUUCAGCAACAUGUGGCGGAAGGGAGAGGGUACCCGCAGUGCCAGGAAAAAGGUUUGAUUUCCUGGCACUGAAGUGUCCCUUUAAGGGCAAAGUUUUACAUUUCUAUCAACAGAACCAUUCUAUUUGUUCACCAAACCCAUCAAUUUACUGUUUGUGAUAACAAUUUUGUAUAUAGCUAUAUUGAACACCUGAUCAUUACACCAACAAGGACUUUUAUGACUUUGCAUUCUAAAUACAUACACAUUAAUAUGUAGUUGUUCCACUCUUCUGAGAAAUCCGUCCACAAGAUUUUGGAGUAAUUCUGUAGAGCAUUCCAGCUGAGCAUUUGUGAGGUCAGGAACUGAUGUUGGACAAGAAGACCUGGCUGGCAAUCUGUGUGUGUUCUAGUUCAACCCAAAGAUGUUUGAUGUGGUUGAGGAUAGGGUUCUGUGCAUGCCAGCCAAUACUUACCCAACCAUGUCUUUAUGAACCUUGCUUUGUGCACUGGGGCACAAUCAUGCUGGAAUAGAAAAGGCCUUUUACAAACUGUUCCCACAUGUAGAAAGUAUAGUAUUGUCCAAAAUGUCUAGGUAUGCUGAAUCAUUAAGAUUUCCCUUGACUGGAAGGCCAACCCCUGAAAAACAGCCGCAUACCAUUAUCCCGCAUCCACCUAACUUUACAGUUGGCACGAUGCAAUCAGCCAGGUAACUUUCUCCCGGCAUUUGCCAAACCCAGAAGCGUGAUUUGUCGCUUAACAGAACACAUUUCCACUACUUCAGAGUCCAGUGGCGGCAUGCUUGACAUUGAGGCUUGCAUGCAGCUGCUCCACCAUGGAAAACAGGGCCAGUAUGACCACAAGGCGGAUUGGGAGGGUGUCUAGCGCACACUGUCCUAGGGGACACAAUACAUGGGUGACUGGCAGAAGAGGACUUCAAAGCGUAGCAUGUUCAAGCCACGGACUGCGGUAUUAGAACUUCUGUCCCCUACCAAGUCUGACAGGAUGGAAGGCUAGGAGUGGUGACAGACACACAGAAGGGAGACUGGGGAUGGGGUGUGGCAAAUUUUUUUUUUCACCUAGGGCAGCAAAAAUUUGCACUGUUCCUGAUGGAAACCCAUUCCAUGAAGCUCUCGCCGCACAGUGUUGGUUGGAUAUUAAUGCCAGUGAAAGUUUUACGCACCUCAGCACUCUUUGACUCCGCUCUGUGACUUUGUUGUCUUCUGCUUUUGCGGCGAUUCCAAAACUUACUUUCCAAUAAUACCACUUACAGUUUACCAUGAAAUAUCUAACAAAUAGCAAAUAUAUAAAAUCUGAAGGCAGUGACACUUACUAUAAAACUUUAUUUUAAAACCAUUUGAAAAUAUGCAGAAUAGACUGAAAAGAUUUACCUAUUUAAACAUUAUUGGGUCUGUCAAUGGUAAUCUAAAUUUCCACAGUAAACAAAUUAACCAACUCAUAGGUUCCAUGAGUCUAGUUUGCAUAGUCUCUCGGUAUAUUAAUGUAAUGAAAUAACAUAUGUUUAUACAUUUUAUAUAAAAAACAUUUUUUGUAUGCGGUCUUCUAAAAUUGUAAGUUUGUUUUGAGCUGGGCUCCUUUUUUUUAAAUAUUUUUUUUUUAUUUUAUUUUUUUGUCAAUCUCUUCCUUUUCUCUUUCCUCACUGUAAAAUUAAAAAAUACUGUAGAAAAAGUUGGCACGGUAUGAAUUCUAAUAAUGUUCCCUUCCUCCUUUCCACUUAGAAUUGCAGACGUUGUCGAAUCUGUGGCUAUCGAACAACACAGUUGGGGCUUGGCUGCCAGUGGUAUGAGAACUACACUGUAUGUGAGAAAUGCCAAGAGCAGCGGGGUCAAGCAAUUAACUGCUCUCAAUGUAAUCAGUCUGGAGCUCCAGAGACCAUGCACCGGUGUCCAAAAUGUGCAAAGUAAGUUUUGGUACUUCACUCAGGGACUCAUGUCUGCUCCUCUGACAUAAUGGUGGUAGAUCGUGCAAAAUUUUCUUAAACCAGUGAGAUCUUUUUCUAAUUUUUCAGAAGGUGUAAUCUGUUUUAACAACUCAUAAACUAUAUUUUUGUUAUUUAACCCCUUAAGGACACAUGACAUGUGUGACAUGUCAUGAUUCCCUUUUAUUCCAGAAGUUUGGUCCUUAAGGGGUUAAUAAUGCCACGUUUGCAACGUACAAGAAUUUAAGUGGUUACUCCAACAAUCGUAGUCUCUAUAGCCCGCUGUAGUAUAUAGUAAAAUACUACAAGUCGCCUCUGAGGUAGCUCAGUUGGUAAAAUACCGGACUGUUCAGAAACACAAGGUCACAGGCUCAAAUCCUGGCAGGGUCAACUCAGCCCUUCAUCCUUCCGAGGUCGAUAAAGGAGUACUAUCAAUUAUGUAAUUUCUUUUAAUAUUCAGCCGCCGAUUCGAUUAAUUCUGAGUGUGCUGAAAAGUGCUUUGAGUCUCACUAGGAAAAAAGCGCUAUAAAUAUAGUUUAUUAUAGAAGUACCUGCUACCAUUCCCCAGCAAUUAAGCAAGCUAUUUUAUAACGGUUUUUGCACUGUUACCUGGGUUCGUCCAGGCAUUGGGUCUACACUGUUUGAAGGUCUAUAACAAAGUUGUUCAAUCUAUGGGCCGCUAACAAUGUGGCACAGUUGCUGUCGGGGCUGCUGGGUGGCGAGGGAGCCCUCUACAUAUUCUGCUCUUCCUGCACAGUGCCUUUGCAUGCCCUGCAGUAAUUCUGGCAGCCGGGAAAUGACAUCAUCCCGGCAUCUGCAUCACUACUGGGAACACAAAGGUCCUGUGCAUGAAGAGCACAUAGAUCCCAGCCCAGCAGCAACCACAAAGUGAGCAAUGUAGAAAUGCUGAGUGGACCUCUUAAGUACUUAAUGUGUCUGUGAUUUUUGUGUUUAUAUAGGUCUGUGUGUGUGUAUAUCUGGUUGUGUGUGUAUAUGUAUAUACAUCUGUGUGUUUAGUAUACAAGUCCAAAUUUGGUAUAGUUAAUUAUAGCAAUCCCACAUAAGGAUAACAAAUAAGAGUUAUCUACUAAACAUUUGUAAUAACAUCUAGCAUUUGCAGGUCUGCAGAAGCUGUAUGCUGAUCCUGCCUCUUUCAUUGGCUGAGAUUGUCAGCUGGCGCUCUCAGCCAAUAAGCGAGUGUGUUUAAAACUAUGAAAUUCUCUCCAAAGGAUCAAACAAUUAAACAAAUGGUUUGUUCAAAAAGGAGUGUUUUUAAUGCAACACUUCUCUUUGCACAUUUAUGUCAGUAGCCCGUGCCUUAUAAAUGUGUUUUGUUUUAAAUGGAGACCUAUAUGGUUUAGUUGACAGACAUAAAUGUGUGCCUAUAUUUCAACAGAACUAUUUUACAGAUUGGAAACCAGCUUCCAGCUUUCUUUGAGUCUUCUGGUAAUAAUCUUUUUUUUUUUUUUUUUUUUUGCUGCUGUAGACUACAUCAUGCGCAUUGUGCAAAAGCUUCUGAUUCCACAGCAUCCAGUAAAGGAUGCCCCUUGUGCAGCAAGCUUCAACCACUCAUACAUGAGACAGACCAGCAAGUCUACAGGAAGGAGAUUCCAAACACAGCACUGUCAGAAUGUGAAGCCAAACCACUAGGUGCGUACUGGUCCUUUACUGUAAAUGCAGGCCUCACAAUUACCACUCGCCGUGGCUAGGGAAAAUUUUUAGUUCUGGUGCGUGUGACAUGGAUUCUUCAGGCUUUCAGCGGCAAGUAAUUUUUUAAGGCCUGGCUAGUAGCGUUGUGCUAAAUGAGUUCACUUUAACAUUAUUUAUUGGUGCACAUCAUAUGCAUAAGUUAUUACCCUCACAAUCCUCGUGCCAAAAUUUUAUUAAAUGGAGCUAAUCAUUAAUUGUGAUGUCACUUAGAAAUUGUCAUGUUCUAUGUAUACCUGUCAGCUUUUAAAGUAUAUUAGCGGAUAAUAAACUCUGUUAAACUGAACUCUGGCGAUCCUGCUGUCCUUAUUGAUAAAGUUCACUUAUUAUCUCAAAUCCAACACUCCCCUUGCCUAGCUGUUUUGAGUGGGUUUAUCAAUACAGCGAUUAGGAGCGUUAUAUUGUUCAUGCGUUCUUGCACAAUAUAUGUUGUAUUGUUAUUUCUGCAGGGCACAGAAAGCAUUUUGAGGAGUUGUAGAUUUUCUCCUGUUCUCAUCUUAAUAUUUAAAUCUCACUUUCAACUCCUUUUUUGUCUUUGCACGUAGUUAUAAUACCCUCCCCCUGUAUAUUUGAAUUGUUCUUCUAAUUUUAUUUUGCAAAACCUUUAUUCAUAGAAUAUCCAUUAUCAACUAAGCAAUGCUACAGAAACAUAUUCAGAUUUUUAUUUCAGAUGUUUGAUUUUAUUUUUAAGCAAUAAUUGGACAAUUGACAACAGGGGAAAAAAAAUCUUAAUUUUUAUCUGCAUUGCUAACUUUUUAUGAACUUAACUUUGUGUAAUUCUGGAAGCAAUGUCUUAUUCUGAAGGGUCAUUUUUGUGUGAAGCAGACCCUUUACAUUAUUUUAUUGAUAAUAUUGGCACAUACUGUGAUGGUAAGAAACUGUGUAGGUAAUUGAGAAUUUGACACAGUAGCUUCUAGAUUCCGCAUGCAAUCUGUGAUUAAGCAAAUUAAGUGCUUUCUGUAUUUGUAGGGAUGCCUGACUCUGAUAUGGAUCCUCAGCAAGACAAAGUGCAGACAGAAAUGUCCAGCUUGGCAGGAACUCAUUCAGAUAGUUUGUUGUUGGAAAGUAAGCAGGGUUCUAUUUAUUUUUGAAAACCUAGAAGAACCCAAUACUGUCAAGUAUUAAUUUGCAUAAUGUAAUAUUCCUUCCUCUUCUGCUUGCAGAACUUUUGACGACAGAAGAAGAUACACCUCCCUCCUCAGACAAUGAGGCUGCUGAAGCUCUUCCUAUGUCCCCAAUAUUGCCAAUAGAAACUAGAAGCCCACCUCCACUGGUGGCAGAACUUUCACCUCAAGAGAGGAUUUCUGAUACAUUUCCCAUGCUUGAUGAAGCUCCUGUCCUUGUUACUGUGGAAGAUGAAGACAUGGAUGUGGAAGAUGGAGAGACUAAUACAAUUCAAGAGUUAAUUAAAGGUGUUGAGUCUGUGACUGCACAUUGUCCUGUCCGCAAAGCAUCUUUUGUCCCUUCAGCUUCUGACAGUUCACAAAUAAGUGCAACUGUUAGAGAAGCUAGGACUCCUACAGAUAAACCAUACAUAGAUGAGAGAACUUGCAAAAGUCCCAUUAAAAUAAAGGAAGAACCACCAGACAGCGGUUAUCAGCAAUCCUCUCUUUCUGACUCAGAAAUGGUUCUAGACUCUGACGAUCGUCCCAGUCAAGGCGUGACAGAUAUGUUAAGUACGGACAAUACAUUAAGUCAAGACCUUGCAGAUUUCUCUUCUCACAAGGAACAUGUACCCAUUAGAUGCACAUUCAUUAAAUCAGAAAUUGUAAAUGAGAUCUCUAAUCUGAGCCAGGGGGAUACAACUGGUAGCUUUCAUGGUUCGGAUACAAUAGGUUCGCCUGACCCUGAAGGUGGGUCCCUCUCAAUGGAAAUGUGCUUGAACAAGGAAGAUGGAUCCUUGCGACUAUGCACGGACUCUAUGGUAGAGACGGAUGAUUCCUUAUUAUAUGAUCCCACUGGUGGAAAAUCUGAUAUGGACAAGUCACGUAGGAAAGGCUCUCCUGGACGCUCUAGGGUCAAACAUGUAAGUAUAGGUUUAAUGAACUUGUAGUUUUAUUUUGUUUCAUAAAAUGAUACACACCAUAUGUACAUUUCAAUGCUUUGAAACGAUUGAUGGUUUAAAAAAGAUAUAAAUGAAAACUAAAUGAUAUAAUUUAGUCUAGGUCGCCUGGUUUUUUUUUUUUUUUUUAUAAUCUACUUGUCCAAGGGACAAAGUGUUAGCCCAAUCUACUUGUUAGUCAUGAUAAUCUGCUUGUCCUAACUCAAUUUCAAUUAAAAGAUUUGGGCCCCUUCCAAGAGCCCUAUACAUUGAAUAUUUUCACAAAAUAAAUCUGAAAGGAAGAAUGGAUGCACAAUUUGCUGAUCUGGAUAAAUUCACUAGCUCUGCUAUUGUCGUAACAUGGCUUUUUUGACAUGGAUUUGCCAUUCGGAUUAAUUUUGCAAAUAAAUAAUACUGAGUGUCUUACCUCUGCCCUUCCAUAGUCUCCCAGAGUACUGACUGUGCUUGAUGCAAGUGUGGUGUAUGUUUGUUCACUGUAUAUGAUGUCUCCUGGCUCUGUGUGGUUGAUGUGUGACCCUGAUACUCUGACACACACAUCCACUAACCCACACAAACUACAUAGUUUCUGACACUGACACACAGCACAGAUUAACAGCAGCUGCUUGGAUGUUCAGUAGCGGGUGUGCAGUCUGUGCCAUGCUGUCUCUGCAUUCAAACACGUCUGCCACCAGGCUAUGACUUCACUAUGAAUCUUGAGCAUUGUGAGAAGCAGUUGGCUGCUGGAAAGAAAAACAAAACAAAAAACUUUCUGAUCAGUGUCAGUUACUGCAUGUUCCGGGCAUCGGGCGACCAGUCCCUAUGGUUUGCAUGGGAGUGAGGUUUCUCUAUGGGUAUUUUCAUAGCAGUGCGAAGAUGCGAUAUUCUUUCGUUUUAUUUCCAACAAUAGGAGUUGGGAUGCCAAAUGAAACGUGGUCCCCGAAACAAUGAUAUAGUGGCAUGUCAGACCCUUAGUAACCUCAUUAACAAUGCUUCUUCGCUUUGUUUCCUACCAUUUUCAAGCAGAGUUGAGCAGUAGGGGAAGGAAUUCCUUUUCAAGUAUACAAAGUUCUAGGGAAAGCUUUGGUUUACAGAAAUCCAUGUUUAAUAAAAAUCCAUGUUCUGGUAUGAAUCUGCAGCAACAUAUUUUUACUAAGUAAGCAAGAUCCUCUGGCCUUUAAUAUUUAUAUAGUGAUGACUGUAUGGCACCUACGUGACCUUUAAGCACAUGCUACCAUUACAAUAUAUUUAUUUUUAAUGUUAUGGUGUUCCUUUUUUAGCAUAAAUUUAUGUGCCCCAAAUGUAUGAGGACGAAUGUAUGUGUAUAUGUAAUCUAAGCACACAUAGUGAUCAACCUACAUUGAGAGUCUAUGCUGAUGAUAGUUUGUUAGUGAUGGUUUGAUCAGAAACUUCUUAUAGAGAAUUACUGAGGUCCUAUGGAGCAUAUGUGGAAAUUGCUAAAAUCCACUUAAUCGUUGCAGAGAAUCACUGAAUCCAAUGCUUGUCUAUGGGAACAAUAAGCCACACUUGUAAUGGUCAGGAUCUCUUACAGAAAAAAUGCCUUUCGGAUAGAACACUAGAGUUUAUUUUUUUUUUCCCACAAUCAUCAUUGUAAGUUUUUAAUUUUCCCAGUGAUAUGCAAUCAACAUACAACAUGGUUUCUGACUCUACAAGUUAUGUCUAUUACGACAUGUAUAGUAAAUAAACAUGCAGUGGUUCGUUCCGUAAGCCAGCAUAGUCCUAAAUGUUGUACACUUUUACUUCUCAUAUAGAGGUGUUUUUCAUCCAAAUUGAAGGGAUAUUUUUGUUGUAGUUCAACAUCUGGGGAUCUACCUGUUGGGUAGCCCUGCUAUAUGAUUACACACUAUGUUUAAGGAUACGGUAUAAGUAAGACUCAAGUUCUGUGUGUAUCUUUGAACCUAUACAUUUGCAGAUGUCUCUAUUACAAUAUGUGACUAUGUAACUUUGUAUGACAACCUAAAACUGAACUUGUCAUCCACACAUUCCAUAGUAACAGGGUAGGGGAUGUUUUGAUACUGGAUCUAAAAUAAAAUACCAGCGAUACUUAGUGGCGAUUUGUAUAUAUUUUUUUUUUUUGAUGCAUAGGGUCGAAGCAGCAGCUUUCCUGGAAGGCGACGGCCUCGUGGAGGUAGUGGUGCAGGCACGAGCCGAGGUAGAGGAAGGUCAAGACUAAAAUCCACAACAUCUUCUAUUGAAACCCUUCCGGUAAGAAAUCACAACCUCUUCAUGACCAGCACAGUUUCAUUUUUCAGAUCGCUUUAUUUCUCUUAAAUAAUGGAGGUCGAUAUGUCUCCAAAUAAUCAUACCAUAGUCCUUUAAAUGUCUAUCUAUGUAGAUUUGUUUCCACUCAUGUAAGAUGAAUACCAAUAAUAUAGCAAUAAAGGGAAAAAAAUGCUGGGGAUUGCACUAAACCUGUUUAUUAUUCCACAUAGUCAUGUUAGGAUAUAUCUGGAAAGUACAUUUGGUGUAGAUAUACAAGAAUGGGGAGGGGGGUUUCUCCUGCAUAGAGGAAAAUCUAGCUACAGAGCUCUAUGUAGUGAUGCAAAUCGAGUGAUUGUAGCAUGAAAGUGAGCAAAAUGUUUCUCCAACUAUAGUGCUCAAUCGGAUCUGUUACAAGUAUUCACUUGCAGUGCUUGGUCACUUGCCGAUUUCCAUGUGCAAACCUUGCCAUGUGAUCAGUGCAGGGAAAUCUCCUUGUGAAUGGUCCAGAACCUCUUCCAGUUGUAGCAGCAUAACUUUUUUUUUUUUUUUUUAUUUGUAUUUAUUUUUAUUUGUAUAUCUAAAUCACACUUAUCAGGUUUUGCUACUUUUGGUUAUGUUAACAUGUUUAGAUGGCUGAUAUUGAAAGCUCUCCCAGUAAAGAGGAGGAGGAAGAGGAAGAUGACACCAUGCAAAAUACAGUUGUACUUUUUUCCAACACAGACAAGUUUGUGCUCAUGCAGGUGAGUUGUAUGACCCUGUAACGUGUGCAAUUUCAGUACUUGCGAUACCUUUUGCUUAUGGUGUCGUUUGUGUUUCUUUCUCCUGAAGGACAUGUGUGUGGUGUGUGGCAGCUUUGGUCGUGGCUCAGAGGGUCAUCUAUUGGCGUGUUCCCAGUGUUCCCAAUGCUAUCACCCAUAUUGUGUGAACAGCAAGGUAAGCAUAAAGGUGCAGGAAACAUUUAUUUUACUUCUUUCAAUCUGUAGUUGUCUUGUUUUUGUUGUAUACUACACAUUUGUGCUGAACUUAACAUAAUAUACAAGCAGAUAGAAGUUACAUAUUUACAAAAAUAGACACUGUAGCAGAGGCAUAGUUUUUUAGAACAGGAACAUGUUUAUAUUUCUAUUAGAACAAUGUUAGGAGUAUGCAAAUGCAUCACUUUCUCAUCCAGCAACUCUUAUGCUGAUGAGUGUUUGCAGAGCCAACAUUGGUGCAUUAAAGUCCAAACUAUUGUUUGGAGUGCAAGGACACUCUCUAUUGCGGGUCCUUUUAACAUUAUGUGGUCUCACAAAACUAGUCCACAUUUAGCUGCUGUGUCAGAUUGGGCCCUUACUGGACAAGAACGAUUAGUUUGUCUCUUUCAUGGCUGUGUCUGGAGGAUGUAGUUGCAAAUCACUUCCUCCCAGUACACACAGCCGUACAUGGGAAAGUGAAGGCAACUAUUUGUUUAGCCUGCUUAAUCCUACUGGACUCCAAAAAAACUUUCUUGCAGGUUUGAAAACAGGACAGUAGACUCUCUCCCUCUCCCAGUGUUUUAGGAAGUGUAUAUUAAACUGGACAUGCCUGUGUGUGAAUGUAUCAGAGAACGUGUGUGUUUUUGCUAGGACCCUUGGAAUACAGAUACAAAAUUUACUUACUGGUUUUGUAAAGAUCUCCAGUUACGAAGAGAAUGCUAGUACCCAGAACUUCAAUUUGAUUUCAGGUCAGGGUUUGAUGAGCAGGCACCAUAGGAAAUUAGGUUCUCAUGACAAAGGUGAGUUCCUCUGAUAAGGUAAAGGUUUUAGGAUCUUGUGGGUAUAAAGGUGCUAAGAGCGUUUCAUCCAUAUCAAGUGGGAAAAUAUAAAAAUACAAUUAAACCUCAAGAAAUGUAAUUUAAAAAAAAAAAAAAACUUUUUUAGAUUUAUUUUUUUAACCAAUCUGGGAGUAAUGGCAAGCCAAGGUGAACAAAAUAACAUGAACCCUUCAUAGCCUUUAAUGGGCAGGCCUUUACAUGUCUACAUUUUUAUAUACUUAUCUGCAACAUCCCAACUUCCAAAAGGUGUGUGUGUGUGUGUGUGUUUUUUUUAAAUUUAUUUUUAUAAAUUAAAAAAAAGAGAGAAAGAUAAGAGUACACCAUAGGGAUUCAUUCAGUUCAGUGCUAUAAAGCUGCGUUUUAUUAAAGUAAACACACACAACAAAGUCAGGGUUGACAUUUCAAUCCAUUAACAGGAAUAGUCUUAACCCCUUCACGACCGCAGACGGAAAUUUUCCGUCAACCUUGUCCUUCAGUUAAGGACCGUUGAUGGAAAAUUUCCGUCAUUUACUAAAGUUAACCCCAGAUCGCGGGGUUUGUAUUAGAGGCAGACCGGGAGCACACGAUCGGGCUGCCCCAGCACCGGUCCUCGCUCUGACAGGCUGUCAGAGCGAGCACAUGUGCUCAGUAUACUCACCUUCCGCCUCCCUGCACUUACAGGUUCUGUGUGAAGUGCAGGGUGACGGAUCAGUGCUGCUGAUCUUCUCCCUGUGUUAAAAAUAAAAUAAAGUUAAAUCCCACCCCCCCUUUCCCCAGCUUUAAUAAAAUAAACCCCUUCUCUGCCAAUUGAUCACUGACUACAUUGAUCAAUUGGCAGGGUAUACAUUUUAAUGUCCUCUGAUUUUUUUUAUUUUUUUUUAAACCCCUGAGGGUUAAUUAUUACUAUUUUUUUUUUUUUUUUUCUUAACCCUCAGGGGUUAAAUUUAUUUUAACUAAUUUAAAUAUUUAAAAAUGUAUAUAUUUAGCUAGCUGGGAUGGGUGGAAGUUAGUGGGGAAUUGGGGAAUUUGGUGUUAGGCUAACUAGGGGUUAACGUUAAGUUUUAAAAUAAGCUUUAAAAAGUUUUUUGUUUUUUUUUAAAGUUUUAGUAACGUUUAAGUAAAAAAACCAAAAAAAACCCCACCCCCCUUUACCCCAGUCUAAAUAAAAAUUAACCCCUUCCCUGCCAGUUGAUAAUGGCCUACAGUGAUCAAAAUACAGAUCACAGUAUUAUAUUGUAAUUUCUAAUUUCUUUUAGCCCCUGAGGAUUAACUUUUAUUUUUUAACCCUCAGGGGUUCAAUUUAAUUAAUUAAAUAUUUUAUAAUUAAGUGUUGUUGCAUAGCAAGACCACUUAUUGUUAUCUCACAUAUAUAUUAUUAUUCUUAUUAUAGCCAAAUUUGCCACCCUAACUCCUCCCACAGUUUUUACACUACAUAGACAAAAAUUUACCAAAAAGUGCAGAUUGUUCCCGAUCGGAUUGCUAUUACUUUGUGGAACGUUUCGCCGAAUGGUUCACGGAAUAUCGUCUUUCUUGUGGCACAAUUUGUCCCAUAGGAAUGAGUGGCAAAGCUAGAGUGGGAGCUGGCAAAAGCUGAAAAAUCAGGACAUGAUUUCUAAACUGCCACCACUCCCUCAUUUUCAGGCCCACCUACACAAAUCUUAUAUCAAAACGUUCAGCUAUCCCUGCUGCCACUAAACAUGUCAACGGCUAAGCCAUAGUCCUGAUAGUUUUCACAAUAUAAUCAUUUGUUUGCAACUAAUGCCGUCCAUUGACAUUCAUUGAAACUUCACUCUACAAAGCUCAAAUUUGAAGUGCAAUUUCUAAACUGCGACUGUGCCUUCAUUUUUAAUACUUCAGAGACAUACUAUGCAUCAAAAGAAACUAUGUUUACCUAUGGGUUAAUCCAGCCUCUAGAUGCUGUCUUAUUGACAGCCGCUAAAGGCGCUUCCGCGAUUCUCCCUGUGAUUUUCAAAUGAGAAGACGCCAGCGCCAAUAGGAAAGCAGUGAGAAUGCUUUCCUAUGGACGGACUGACUGCGCGCGCGGCUCUUGCCGUGCAUGCCCAUUCAGCCGAUGGCAGAAGAAGAGGGAGGAGAGCCCCAGUGCUGGAAAAGAGGUAAGGGAUUAACCCCUUCCUCCCUCUUCAGCGCCACGGGAGUGGGACCCUGAGGGUGCCCUCAAGGCACUAUAGUGCCAUGAAAAUGAGUUUGUUUUCUUGGCACUAUAGUGGUCCUUUAAGAAAAGUCUUGCUAAGGGACUGAAACAUCGACUGUGACUUUGGUGUAUAAAUCUGCUUCAAUUAACUGCUUUAUAGCAUUAUGCCGAUGCCUUGUUUGUGCUAUGUUGUUUUGUACUAUGUUGCCUGGCUGGAUUUAUGAGCACCUAGGCACUGAUGUAUACAAAGGACAUUUUAAGUUGCAGAACUCCUGUUUGACCCCCCUCCCCAUAUAAAUGUGUCUGUUCACACACCUAUUUUGAUACAUUUAGUAUGUUUUCAUGCCACUAAUUUUAGAUAAUAUAUUUAUUCUGAUAGGAUAGUUAAGACAGUGUAAUUUUAUUUUAAAUGGAAAUGCAGUGGUCUGUUUGGUGUUUGUUUUGUUUUUGUUUUGUUUUUUUUGUUUUUUUUUUUUACCCCCCCUCCUUCUCUUACAAUAUUUUUCUGAUUAACAGAUUACCAAGGUGAUGCUCCUGAAAGGCUGGCGAUGUGUGGAAUGCAUAGUUUGUGAAGUGUGUGGGAAAGCCACAGACCCCUCUCGUUUACUGUUAUGUGACGACUGUGACAUCAGUUACCACACAUACUGUCUAGACCCUCCUCUGCACACCGUGCCCAAAGGUGGCUGGAAAUGCAAAUGGUGAGUUGGUGUUGCAAUUUUCUGAUGAAGUUCUGAAGCUUCCUGGGUAAAAUGUUAUACCAGAGCACUGUGAUUAUGCUUGUAUUAGACUGUACGGAGAUAACAUCAGUGACUGAUGCUUGGCAUACCACAUUGAGAUGUUUUCAUGUGUAAUGAGAAAUAUUACAUCUUAUUUUUUGCUUUUUAAUCCUUCUUAUGGAAAGCUCUUAACUCCUUUAAGACCUAGGUCAGACUAUUUACUUUAUGAUGAUGAUCCUGACAUGUCCUUGAUCUUGAGCUGGCUAAAUGUAAUUCUAGAUUUACUUCUAAACCCAGGUCAGUUUGAAAACAUUGCAUUGUAUUGGUUGCAUUCUGUGUUUCAGCUGGGCUUUAGAAAAUUUUAGUGGCAGACUAUAAAUUUCAGACAUCCUGGAACAAUAAAAUGUAAUCCACAUUUUACACACCCUAAUUAAACUUCUUUACGCUUACCAGGACUUAAUCAUAGCAUAACAUUAACUCAAUGUUGUUGGUUAACCUGCAACAUUGCUCUUGUCUGUUCGUGAAUUACUUUUCAUUUGCUAACCUCAAUUCCUUGUCUCGAUUUUUCCCUUUCAGGUGUGUGUGCUGCAUGCAGUGCGGAGCUCUGAGUCCAGGGUUUCAUGCAGAGUGGCAGAAUAAUUAUACCCAUUGUGCACCUUGUGCCAGUCUGGUAAGCUGCCCAAUAUGCCACCUGAAAUACAUGGAAGGCGACCUUCUCAUACAAUGUCAGAACUGUGAGAGGUAAGUGCUGGCUUUCAGUACUUGAACUCCAUUAAUAUAUGCCCUAAUGACAGAAUUAGCAAACCUGUUUUAACCCUUCUCUGUAGAUGGCUUCAUGCUGUAUGUGAAAACUUAUUCACAGAAGAGGAGGUUGAACAAGCUGCAGAUGAAGGUUUUGAUUGCGCGUCUUGCCAACCCUACAUUGUAAAACCAGUGGGUAAGUAGAGAUUUUAAAAUCCGCAACUAAGGACCCAUUAGAUUUGAAAAUAGUGUGACCAGUGCAAAUGCUAAGAAUCACCUGUUUUUAUGAAUAAAUACAUUUAAAAAAAUCAAAAAGGUUUAUACUUUUCGAGCUAUGCGAUUUUUCCUUUUUUACAGUCUCUCAGCUGAUCCACUUAACACACAGAUAAUUAUUUAUUUAUAAAAUAUUUUACCAGGAAAGAUACAUUGAGAUUUCUCUCGCUUUCCAGUAUGGGUCCACAAAUCAUUGCAUUGUUACAUUAGGGUACAACAAAAUACAAAAACCAUAUUAAUACACAAUAUAUCCAAAAUUUAACAUGGAACAGGCAGGAAAUAUAUAAUCAACCAUGACACGUGCAUUCUGUUUUGAGGUGUGUAGAGAGGGAUCUCUUAAAUGACUUUAGGCUUAGGGAAGAUUUUAAAUUGUGCGGGAGGUCGUUCCACAAUUGCGGUGCUCUAUAGGAGGAGGAUCGGACCACUUUCUUUUUGUAUUGAGGUAGACUAAGUAAAGUGCUUGUACUGGAUCGGAGCUUAUAGAAAGUGGGAACAGCUGGGGAAACAUUUUGUUCAGGUAGGGUGGGAGUUUCCCAGAAAAGCUCUUAAAAACAAGGCUGGAAAGAUGAAGGGUGCUUCUGGAUUCCAGCGACAGCCAGUUUAGUUCUUUUAGCAUGUCACCAUGAUGGGUCCUGUAAUUACAUUGUAGCACAAAUCGGCAGAACGAGUUAUACAAUGUGUUGAGUUUAUUAAUGUGGGAUUGCGAUGCAGAUGCAUAUACUACAUCCCCAUAAUCAAUGAUUGGCAUCAGCAUUUGUUGUACAAUCUUUUCCUUACUGUAGGGCUUAGGCAGGCUUUGUUUCUGUACAGGGCACCUAAUUUUGGAUAAAGUUUAGAUGCAAGCUUUUCUAUGUGCAGGCCAAAAGAUAGAUUGGGGUCUAACCUCAUACCCAAGUAUUUGAAAGAGUGGACUGCGGUCAGUGUGCCAUUUGAAUUUGUUUUGAUGGAUAGGUGUAAUUUGUGUAAUUUAGGUACUGUUCCAAAGAUCAUUGUGACAGUUUUGUCAGUGUUCAGGAAGAGUUUGUUUUUUGCGAUCCACUUUUCUACCUCUGUUAACUGGUCUUGGAGCACAGCCUCAAGUUGCGGUAGAUUGGAUUUGCUCACAUAGAUUACCGUGUCAUCUGCGUACAUGUGUACAUUUGAGGAUUGGCAGACAUUAGGUAGAUCAUUUAUAAAUAAUGUAAAUAGUAGGGGGCCGAGAAUGGAACCCUGGGGAACACCACACGUGACUGGGAGGGAGUCACUGUCAGAAAUGGACACAUAUUGCGAGCGAUCCGACACAUACGAUCGAAACCAGUUUAGAGAACGAUCACCAAUACCUGAGUUUUUGAGUUUGUGCAGUAGAAUGUCGUGGUCUACUGUGUCAAAGGCCUUAGCAAAAUCAAGGAAAAUAGCUCCAGUUAGGGCUCCUUGUUCCAUGCCAGUUUGGAUGUCAUUGCAAACUUUUAGGAGGGCAGUUGUAGUGGAGUGAUUCUGGCGAAAGCCCGAUUGAUCAGGGGUCAGUUUAAUUGUUGGUAGUACUCACAAAGUUGCGUAUGGACACAUUUUUCUAAGAUUUUUGACAAUACCGGGAGCAAUGAUAUUGGGCGAUAGUUAGAAACCAAAGUAGUGUCACCACUUUUAUGGAUAGGCACUACUCUCGCAGUCUUCCAAAGUUUGGGUAUGUAUCCAGACACCAAGGAUUCGUUAAUUAGAGUUGAGACGGGUUUAGCAAUUGCCGGCGCACUGAGCUUCAACAGCAUUGCUGGGAUUUGAUCAGGUCCACACUGGUUUUUCAUUUUUAGAUUAUUAAGAUGUUUUUUAAUGACACUAACAGGUACAGGUCUAAAAAUAAACUUGUCUAUAUUGGGCCUUUGCAAAUUUAGUGUGACCUGAUCCACAUUUGUAGUUUCAGGAUGCGUGUCAUUUAUUCGUUUGGCAAUCAGGGCAGUAGAGCAUCCGACAAAAUAAUUGUUACAGGCAUUUGCUACAUCUAAGGGAAGUUGCAGGGUUUGGUUACCCACUUUGAGUGGAGGGUUGGGAGUGGAUUGGGGGAGUUUGUAGUUUAUUUAUGACUUUCCAAAAGUUUCUAGGGUUUGAGAUGUUACUGUUCAGAUUUUCAUAGAAAUAUUGGGUCUUGGCCAGUUUUGUCUGUUUUGUGCAUAUAUUUCGCCAUUGUCUAUAUGCACAGUGAUCAUUCAUAGAGCCAGUACGCUUAAACUUGGACCACUAAGAAUCCCGAUACUGGUACAUUUGGAUGAGGUCAGCUGUGAUCCAGUUCAUAUGUGCUCUUUUUACCCUCACCUUACGCAGCGCGGGGCAUGCAAAUUCCAAAUUUCUAGGAGUUCAGACUGAAAGUAUUCAACAGCACAGUCUAGAUCUGGAAUAAUGAUUAAUCUGUGCCAUGAGAGAUUCUUGAUGUCAUUUAAAAAGGAUUCAAGAUUAAAUUUUUUUUGAAGGACCUAGUUAUUUUAACCUUGGGAGAGUUUUUAAUAGCCUUUAUUUUGCGCACGCAGUACACUAAACAGUGAUCACGGAACGUGUUUGGGAGAACACCAACCUCCUGGAUUCUAUCAGGAGAAGUGGAGAGAAUCCUAUUUUUUAUAACUCUCCACCAGCAGAUAAGUUAAAGGAACAGAGCAGGCCAUGGUGUAUUAUAAUUUGUUCCAGUUUGAAAUGUGUGCUUAUGCUGGUUGUGGUGUGAACAAAAUUGGAUUGAGAAAAGGGUUAUUAAGAAUAACAGUAUGGUUAUAUUAGGAUUCAUGUUAGUGGUAUGAGGUGUGUAGUUGAAAAUCAAACAGAUAUUGCGUGAAAAAAAAAAUUAAAUAGAAGUAUAUAGUUUUGGUGUAUGAUAUAUCUAUUUGUAGUGAGAGAGGGUAUGUGUUCUAUAGGGUUAAGAGGUUGAAAGGGUGUGCUGAUCAGUGGUUGCACUUUUCAUUUCAGUAGAUUGAAAGUUGUGUGGGAGACUAUCUAUAAAUGAGGAAACAACCAUGGGGUGGGAGGGAAAUGUCAGUCUUCCAGAAGGCUACCUGUUUCAAAUGGCCAUGGAACAGCUGAUGGAGCUCUGAGUUCUAUGCUGGACUGGGUAUGUUUAAAAAUCAGACUGUGGGAGAGAGAUGUAUAUUAGGGUCAGAUGGGCUAAGAGAUGGGGGGGGGUGCAUAGAUGGACAUUUGAUUUAAGGUAAUUUAAGGAAAAACAAAAGCAAAGAUUGAGAAUUACAGAGAUAAGACAGAUGUAUUUAAGUAGGGAAAUAAAACCAUUAAACAAGGAACAGGAAAGAUAUAUGGGCCUGAGCUGGUUAAACUAACUUUUAACAUGAUGGACAAAGACAAAGGUGAUAAAAUACUUUGCAUAAUUAGCACAGGCUAUAGUUACAAAGACAUGAAAAUGUAUACAUUGAAAAGAAUAAAACUAAUAUUUACUAAAUAUAAAAACAUACACAUACAACAAAAUUAACAGGGUACAUAGAAAUAUAAUGAAAUGUCAGUCUUCCCGAAGGCUACCUGUUUCAAAUGGCCAUGGAACAGCUGUUGGAGCUCUGAGUUCUAUGCUGGACUGGGUAUGUUUAAAAAUCAGACUGUUUCAAAUGGCCAUGGAACAGCUGAUGGAGCUCUGAGUUCUAUGCUGGACUGCCAUCCAUUUGCUCUUCUGAGAUUGUAUGCAGUGAUUGUCCUUAAUGAAUGUGAGAUCUGCUUACAAUAUUCUACAAUCUAAUUUGAGCAGAGGUUUAGGGUUUCUCCUUAUUGAAGCAGUAAUAGGAAAUGCGGGGCAGUGACCUGGUUGUGUGCAUGUCUAAGCAGAUGCAGCCACCAGGGGGAAAUGCAUAGAACCUUUAAAUUGACAUGCAACUUAUCAAAUUUACUUAAAAUAUUAUUUAUUGAAGGUUUAUUUUAUGUAGGCAAAGGAUGUUUUACAGUUUACUUGGUCUUUACAGUAAAUUAAAUACAUGUGGCUCUGUAUACAUAAUGUCCUUUCUUUAUUUUUCACCCAGUUCCAAUUAUCCUUCCUGAGAGUCCAAUAAAGAUUAAAGAACCAGGUAAGCAAAUGUCAGUAUGGUGUGCUUUUAAUAGUCCAACAAGUGUGGCUGUUCAGUAGUUCAUUCUCUCCUAUAUAUUUAUAUAUUGUUUUUAGAACCUCAGUACUUUCCGUUUGAUGGAGUUUGGCUGACAGAGGCAGGAAUGGCAGUGCUGCGCAGUCUUACUCUGUCGCCCAUUCAGAAGAAAAAACCUCGUCGUUCACGAUUGUGUACUGGUGGAGAAAUCUUUUUGGAUGGUCCAGAGCAUGCUGGCUUAGAAGAAAGGAAGGAAAUGGAGGGCGACUGUGAGGAACCCAAGGCAGAUGGUAUGUGUUGUGCAAUGCAGAUCUUGGCAAAACUAAAAUGUCAGUUUCACGUUCUUUAUUUCACUUAUUGUUUCUUUGCUGAAACAUUUCAGGAUGUAAUAUUGAGUCUAUGGAGUGUGAGAUUAAGACAGAACCUCUUGGAAGCCCUGAAAGAGAGGUUGGAGGGGAAAUUGAGGCAGGGAAAGGGAUUGAGGAUGCAGAAGAUGUGAAGAAAAAGAAAAGAAAACCUUACAGGCCAGGUAUGCCUUUUCCUGAUGGAAUUAAAUAUUUCUGUUUUUAGAUAUUGUUACCAUAUAAAGGCCAUGGACUAUAGUGCAGCGCCAUCUGUUUGUUAAAGAGUGGUUAUCAACAUUUCACUGUGUGAAGUGCAGGAAAAAUGCUCUGGGAUUUUGAAUUCAUAAGUUUCCCUUUAUGUGACAGUUAUGUAUUUUAUUAUGUCUCUGUUUUAUGUGUUUGUGUUAUUCUGAAUAUAUCCGCAUAAGUUCAAUGUAGCACUGUUGAAGGUUGGUCAAAGUUUGAAAAUUAUAGAAAUUUUCCAGUUCCUUUUGGAACAGUGUUUAAGUGUGGUUCUUUCCAGGAGCCAAGUGACAGCCUAAGGGCCUGUCUUUUGGCCUGCUUCUUGGUGUUUGGGAUCAGCUACAGAGUUGUAAAACCCUUGAGCACAAGAGCUAGGCCUCACUGAGUCAAAAAAAAAAAUCUUUAUUAAGAUGGUGCCAGGAGUAGGCAGAAUGAUCACUACCUGUUGGAGAGGACAGAGCAGGCUGUGAGAUUGCUUUCUGUUGGAGAGGACUGAUGGGAAGGGGGAUCACUUUCAGCCGUAGAAGACUGAAAACCGUGAGAUCGCUCUCUGACUGAGUGACCAGGGGAAUCGCUUUAUGCUUGAGAGGGAAGGAGCGGGCAGAGGGAUCGCUCCCUGCCAGAAAGGACGGAGUGGGCAGAGGGAUCGCUCCCUGCCAGAAAGAUGGCUGGCUCCCUGGUGCUAGAGGAGGGAUGGACAACGUAGUGGGACAAGUCCGGAACCCAAGCCAGUCAUACCCUGUUCCCGUUCUAGUUCUAAAAAAAUUUUUCCUGUGUAUCAUCAGUUUGUGAAGGAUGGUGCUUGUGAUAAUGUUUAUCCCACUUGUAUAAACUUUGUAUGCCAAUGGUCCUCUACAGAAAAAUGUUUUGAAACUACCAAUUUAUUUGUUUUUGUGGUUAACCAAAUAUUCAUUUUUUUAAUUAGGUAUUGGUGGCUUUAUGAUAAGACAGCGAAAAACACAUACACGCUCAAAGAAAGGAAAUGCAGCAUUUUUGGAAGCAUGUCGAGAGAGCCAGAAUCAAGAUAUUCACGUAGAUGAUGGUAUGAUCCUCCUUAUUGCAGCCUUUUGAUAUGUAGUCAUAUUUGUAAAGCUCAACUGACAUUUCUCUGCAAGGGACUGCCGUUGUAGUGGCACUUUGAUGGCACUGUCCUUUAUUGUUGCUCAGAAUAUUCAACGGGUAAAAAGGGUGUGCCUAUACAUGUCCAAUAUUUGUUGAAUUAUCGCAAUGGCAUAAACACCAGCACAAUUACCACACAAAUAUAACUAUAAAAGAAAGUUUAAUAAACUUGCCAAUAAUUUAUAAAAAUGAUAAUUAAACGUCUAUAUUCACAAAUCUAGAUAUUAUUUGAUUUAUUUAUAGUACAAAGAACAAUGACCUUUAAUAACGUAUCAAUCCAGUGGUGUUAAGGAAGAAUUAUUUAAUAGUGUAGUAGAUUAUUUUCUGCAAACCAAUUAGUUUGAAUGACUAUCUGUUCCUGUCCAAAUUAAAGAUAAUAAAGUUGCGUGCACGCAGAAGUAAAUUCACACUGAGACACAGAGUUCAGGUUAAUGAAAGAACUUCGGAGAAGUUUAAUGGCUUCUGUUUAAAAAGCAGGCUCGCAGGCCCUUUUAAAGGCAUUAUUACAUCAUUGAAGAAAAUCAAGAUAUAGACAAAUAGACAUUGUUAAUUGGCUUAGGUGCUAAGUAGUUAGUAAAAUGCCCUCCCUACGGGUGUACCAUCUUAGGUCACUAUCCUCGUCAUGAUUGUCUCCUCCAGGUUUUAGCGCCAUUUUGUCAACAUGAGGAGCUCACUCGACGGGAGGGGCCUUUUGGCAGCUAUCCAUUUAGAGUGUAGCCUGGCACUGUUAGUUUCUCAAGGUUAGGUUUCAAGGCUUUUAGUAAAUACACAUUUUAUCAAAGCUAUCAUUGUAAGUGGGAUGCUACAGUGUUUCACACUACAGGUGCAUAAUAUUUCUUGCUGACAUGCAAAUUCUAUAUUCUAUAGACAAAGCUUUCUUGUAAAACUAUGGGGCCUCUUAGAGGUAUAGCAAGAGGAUUUAAAGGGGCCUUACAGACUUAUAGAGGCCUAAUAAUUCUACAACAAUAGGAUUUAGGAGGCUAUUUGGAAGAAGACAUUUAGUGGGGUUUUUUUGCAGUUAGAAACAGAGAUCUGCUUCCACCAGGUUUUAGCCAUGUCUAUAUAUUCUCUUAAGUAUACAAAUUCUCAAGUCCACACUUAACCCACAGUGAAUUGACUUCUACUGUUUUAACAUAACGGUUAAUAAUAGUUGCAAAUGUUAUACAUUGCCCCCACCGAUCUGGAGAUGCUACAGAUCUGUAGUAUUUCAUUAAUAGGUUUCUAUCUGAAUUCACAUUUUAGUGGAAGUCGUCUUUUAGACCCAGCAAAGGUUCCUUAGAUUUUCUCCUGCUCGGAUCUUACUUCCAGACCCUUGUCUUGUGGAUCUUUUAUGUGAUGGUCUCAUGAUGAUUCUUAAUCCCUGGUCCCAGUUAUGUUUGGGGGAGAAUGUAAGUACUGUAACUGCUUCAUCUUAUUGAAAUGGUUAUAGUGCCUGGAGUCCCUUCACAUAUUCAGUGUUAAACCAUUUUAAUGCUUUAAAGCUAAAUGAGAGGUCCCUGCAGCCCAUGCCCUCUGUGCUGCUCUGGCUAAUGAGGAACAUUAACCUGAACAACAAUGGGUAUCUAUGAUUAGCUGAGAAUGUCAGCAGACAGCUUUCAGCCUAUUAAAGUAACAGUCAGAUUUGAAUGGGUUUGGCUAGAAGGAAGUGUUUAAUCACUCCCUUCGCCACACCAGUGGAGACAGAGGUCUAUGAAGUCAGGGACCCCCAUCCAUUUUUAAACUGCUCUAAAACGGUUUCACUGAAUGGAGGAACAGUGCUAUAGGACUCGAUGUACUAUAAUCCGCUUAAUGAGAUGAAAUGGUUAGUGUCUUAAGUGUCCCUUUGAGAAAUGCCUACUGGGCUAGUCUAGAUAAAGUGUGCCUAUUCUAUUGGGAUUCUAAACUUAAUAACUAGUGUGCUUUAUAGACAAACUAAAUGCUUACAUAUGUAGCUGCUUUACCUGUCCAUUAGGUGAUACUAUGGUGCCACGAAUCAGCAUUAGGUUUUUAUAAACAUUAGAUAAAAUUGUGAUGUUUAGUCUUUAAAAUAAACAAAGAGAUUUUAUCAAUUAAGAUUGUCCUCUGUAAUUCAGACCUAUGCUGGUGAAAAUCUACUUUAUUGGCCUUCUACCACAAGGUGGUGUAUGUUUUUAGUUAUUUAUUUCAAAACUCCUAUCAUUUGUCUCUUUUAAUCAAUAGGCCACCGGUGGUUUUCCAUUCAUAGAUAGUGAAUGUUUUUAUGGCCUAGAAUUUUUUUCUAAUAAAAUGUAUUGGCAAUUGUUUCGUUCCACGCCAGCAUCUUUUGGCUGCGAAGUUUCUCGGAAGGGUUUCUGUUAAUCAACCUUGUGAACUUACUUGAUGUCCAUUUUCAUAAAGCCAUGCAAAUUGUAUUUCAAAAGUUCUGAUUCAGUUCAUUCCAUCGCCCCAAUAAACCCCAAUGAAUGAUGCAUAGCUAUUUCUUAUAUUGUUAUUGAGUUUGGGAAAGAUUUGACAUCCAGCUUUAACAGUACCAGACACAACGUUGUUUACUUCCCCUAAAAAUGUAUAACUUUAUUUCUCUCCCCCAUUCCCCCCAUGUCUUCAUCCUAUGUUUGAGUCUUCCUAACAUCGCAAAAAUUCAGUUUUACGCCUAGACUUAUUAGACAUUUAAGCCUGAGACUAAUCCCCUCUCUCUCCCCUUUUUUUUCAUGCAGCAGCUCCGUCUGAAAUUCCCACAGAGGCAGGUGUGGAUGCAGGCGCUACAGAGGCAGAUGAGAAAAAGAAACGAAGAGGACGAAAAAAAAGCAAACUUGAGGAUAUGUUCCCAACAUAUCUCCAGGUAAGACCUUGAAAAAAAUGUUUGUUUAAUAAAAGCACGAAAGAAACCAAUAUAGUGGACUUACUUGUUCCUUGGUGGAUGUGUUUAUUUUUUUGGAUAAUAAUAAUAAAAAAAAAAUUCAAGCAAACUCAUUUUGGCAUUAAUUAUUUGUAUUCUUGGAGGAAUACUAUAUAAAUGCUAAAUAUGUAUUUUUUUCAAAGGACAUUUAUAGAUCGAUAGUAGGCAAGGCUGCCUGAGAUAGAGGUCCCUCUUUUUCACACAUAUUGGUUCCCCCUUGUCUUGCUUGUGAAUGUAGUUUUGUCUCAAUGUUGGAAUGCCCUUAUGCAUACAUGCUGGCAUAAACGGUCAUUAUUUAAUUACUUUUUUUGCAGCCAUUUUUUUUUCCAUAUUUUAUCAUUGAUUGUUAGAUGGUGUCCAGGAAGCAUGUUCCAAUUCAUUAAGGAAACACAAGCUAAAUUGGCUAAAACUGGGAUUAAAAACAAAGCCUAAAACCCUGUAGUUUAUGUAAAACUUUUAGGAUUUAAAACAGGCAUGUGUGCUUCUUAAAAGCUUCCAAAGUAUUUUGGAGGCCGCAGUUCAUCAUCUUGGAGAUGGCAAGGUCUUUUCUCCUUAUCCAAACGAAGCACAUUGAUUCAAGUUCCACCUCAAGGCCUCAGUUAUUAUAAACUUUGUUUUAUUCCAGCGUUUUAAGUUUAACUUUUCUUUCUUCCACAGGAAGCAUUUUUUGGGAAGGAUUUGUUGGAUCUCACAAAGCAAGCUCUUCUAGCUGCACGGCCGCUGGCCCAGAAAGCAAAGGCUGUGCCGUGUGCACCUUGUCCAUCAAUAAGUGCUGCUGUAACCACCAACCAAACAUCGGUGCAAGCCACAGGUAAGGUGUAUUCUAGUUUAUCAGAAAUGUAUAAAUGAUAUAGCUGUAUCUUUAAUUUACACAUACUGAUGGUCUGCUGUAAUCAUUAUGAACAAGACUGCCCAUUGGAAAGGAUGAACAGAGAUUAAGUUCUGGGCCCCAGUUAAUUUUUUUGUUUGUGUAACCUAUCUCUUGGGCGCUAUACAUGCCAGACACAGGGAGGUUAACUUUGUGCAUUGUCUGAUUUCUUGCUAAUACUGGAUUGUAGUGAGAGGUACGUCGAGUAGCACACUGCAAACUUGUCUACCCUCCUCCCCAUAAUUCAGGAACCUGACAUCCCUGUGAGGGAGAUGUAGGCAGUCUAAUUUUUGUGAACCUAUAAAUUCCCCCAAAGCUUGUCAAAGGUGUACACGUGGGGUAUUUCUGGAGUGGGGAAUUGUAUGUAAUCUAUGCAUGUACAUAGUGGAUUUGCAGAAAACCCUUUAAAUUGACACACUGUUGCCCACAUAAAUCCCUUUUUUGUAAAUAUAUCUCGAAUAAUGACAUGAAUGCAUUUCCUUUUAGAUCUUUUGUCUGAUUUCCUUUGCAAGCCCUUUACAUUUUCCCCAGUAAAGAAUUUCUGUUGCUGUUCAAACAACGCCUUCCCAAUGCAACUCAAUGAAAAGUCUUUGCAAAGCAGGUGCUCUGAGCAAUUGCCUGCCUCUUGAGUUUAGCUCCACUGAUCUAACCAAACCAGGAAAUAACAGGACAGCUUGUCUGACAGUGAGGGGGGUUUAAUAAGGUUAAUUUUAUAAAAUUUACCAUUUUUGUUAAAAUCAGAACUUUUUGUUAAAUGGGGGAAAAAAGAUACAUUCCUCACAAAUAAAGCGCUACACUGCUUUAGGUGUGUGCAGUGUCUCUUUAAAGAGAACAUUAAUUUAUGAUGUGACAAAAAAUAUGAAAAAGGGGACAAAAGGAAAACCUCUCAAUUGGGAAUGCACAGAGGUUCAGAAAAGGCACAAUCGUGAAGGGUUACUAAGACACCUGUUCAGUUCAUGUAAUAAAAGGUAAAAUAAUAUAAGUAACCUAGGAUUGGAAGUCACCAGUUCUCAAUAGACUAUGGAGUCUAAUAAAGUGCAUCAGACUGUUGAAAAAUGCCCAUAUUUUUAUCUUUUUCCAGAAGAGACCGCUGCUACGCCUGCUUCAGCUGCGCCACAUGACGAAUCCGAUGGCAAUGAAACGAAAACUGAAAAUCCAGGUGUGCAAAGCAUGUUUUGAAAUAGGGGGAAUUACUGUGCCCAAAGUAUUUUGAUUGUCUUGCGAUACUGAUGAUUUACACUUUACAGAUGGUUGUCUUUUGGUUUGCAGUGUGGCAAAUAUAUCCAGUCUUUCUGCCUUAUUUCAGAUGAGAUGUCAACUUAAAGGGACACUAUAGGCAUCAAAACAACUUUAGCUUUAGCUGAACCACUUUUGGUGUAUGGUUCAUGUCCCUGCAAAGCUAAAUCUGUUUAUACAGUCCUAGUCACACCUCCAUGAAUGUCACUUGCACAGUUUUCCUAAACACAUCCCCUAAAGAGAGAUCUAAUGUUUAAAUCUUUUUUUGCACAUUCUGUUUAAUUUAGAAUGUAUUAUAUCCUGCUCUGUUAAUAGCUUUCUAGAGUCUACAUGAGCCUCCUAUUUGUGAUUAAAGUUCAAUUUACAUAGCAGAUAAAAGCUUCUAAAGCAAGUUAACAUCUGUUCCUAAGUGAUUUAAAAAAAAAAAAAAAAAAAAUAUAUAUAUAUAUAUAUAUAUAUAUAUAAUAAUAUUAUGCAGUCUGUUUGAGUCACAGCCAGCGGAAGUGUGGCUCUGGCUUUAUAAACAAAAUUGAUUUAACUCGAAUGUCAGAGAAUUGAGCGGUGUGAUUUAUCUACCAAAACUGCUUCAUUAAGCUAAAGUUGUUUUAAUGUCUAUAGCAUCUAUUAAAAUAUAUUAUCAUUGUUCAUAAAUAUUUGUAGUAAGCAGUCUUAUCUUCUUAAAAUAAAAUACAUUUGCCAAACAAUGAAGACAAUGACUUUCUCUGAGCAUUUUGUUUUCUAUAAACUUCUGUUGUUCAAGAUUAUCAAGAAAGUGUUCAAAAUAUUUAGUUUUAUGUAACUGCAAACGGUAGCCUAAAUAAUGAAAAUCAAGAGCUUUGAAUCGGAUCUCUCCUCCUUCUCCUUGUGUGCGGCCAAGUGGCAAUAGUGAUUUACCCUCCCCUUCCCGCAGAGGACACGUCAGAGACUGAGAUCAUGAAUGUUGCUGCUGUUACUUACUCCGCAGAGAGAAUUACAGUGAUGCACCCAGAAGGAGCCCUCGGCUCGGAUCUGGAUAAAAUCUCCACGGAGGGUUGGUCUCACCCCCACCCCUUUAUUAUUUUCUUUUUAUUUAUUUUUUUGAUAUAAAUUUUUUUUAAAUUCCAGCCAUCCCUUCCUCUUGCACUUUAUUUCUGUUUUGUGUUGGAUAUUCAGCUAUAGGUGACUACCCUUCCACAUUGGGAUGUCUGGAAAAUAUUGUGAUACAGCAUCUGAUCAAUGCCAUGUUUGGUAUACCCUUGUCUUGAUGUGAUGCUCACACAGUGAAUGGCAUGAAAUCUCUAAUUCAGAAAUGUAACACUGCAAUGCUGUGUCAGAAUACCUUAAUCUGUUGUGUUAGUUGUGUUGUCUUUCCUGAUUCUUUAUUGUAAUAAUAUGCAUGUAUCCUGGUGCUUACUGGAAUUGCAGAUUUGAGCAAUUUUGUUUACCAUCAGUCUGUUCAUCACUGUUAAAACUCACUCCUUAUCCUGAAUACUGCCCAACUGUAUGUGUAAGCAGACUAACUUGAUAAACGGUUUGUUUGGCUACACCUUCCCUUCCCAGAUAGUUGAAGGGGACGCUGAGCAACCUAACUGCUACAGCUUACUGUAGUUAUGCUGCCUAGGGACCCCUGACACUGUCCCCGGGUGUAAAAUUAAACCAUUUAGGAUCAAUGUCACAUUAACCUGGAUCUUGUCAGUGCACACAAACUGCCCUUGCCUCAGAUGAGUUAAUACUUCAAUAUUGUCAAUUGAUUAUAAUCUAGACUGCAUUGAUUUGACUCAGUGCUGGGCUGACUCUCUGUUAACUCUGUGCAAUUUAUCUAGCCAAGCGGGGACAACAAAGACAGUCUAUAUAAUUUCACUCUUUUUUUUAAAAAUACUUUUACAUUAAACCAGGGGACCUUAGGAAGCAAGCUGUAAUGUUGUUUAGAGUGCACUGUUUGUAAUAGUUUUAAUUUGUAUUCUGUGUUUAGCCGUCUUUAAAGCUGCAUCUAGAAUGAAUUAUGCUAUUUGAUUUGAAUCACAAUCCAACCGGUUUAAACAGCAUAUGGCUUGGAUCAUAUUUUAUAUUUCUAAAACUGUACACUUGGCGCCGUUUAACUUUACUAACCAAUUGUGAUUUAAAAAAACGUGCACCUAUAUUUCAAGAGAUUUCUAGCUGUAAGCUGGUGUUCCAUCUUCUUGACUAAUUUAGCCUUCUUAAAACUGAACCCAGAAAGGGAUCUUGGUGCUGAGAGAGUUCCUUGGGUUAACAAAUCGAGAAGAUUUAACCUUAGAUAACAUUUGAUAUAAAAUGAAGUACCUACAUCUAAUAGUAAGUGUAGUUAUGGAAGAUCUUUCUUCCUGUCAGACUCCAUUUUAGCAGAUCUUUGUGGAAUCCAAUGUAAAGUACCUAAAAUGUUUCCUUUCAUAGUGCUGCUAGACUUUUUAAUAUAUUUUUCUUCUGUUAUAGUUACCCUCUUCUUAAUUCUGUGAAAUAAAUAUGUACACCAUUUAAUUUGAAAGCUAUCCCUUGUACUUCACUAACUGUUUAUAGACUAUUGGUGCCAUCAUGGCUUAUUUCAAUUGUAUGAGGUUAUUUUAUUUUUGUUGAGUGUUUUUUAUUUUUUUUUCUCUGAUGGGAGUAAUAGCUUCUGUAGAUUGACAAUGCAGAUGCAGUAUGAGCUGUGCUUUUUUUAUUUUUAUUUUUUUUUUUAACUGUAAUAUUAAUUUUGUAUGCCUUGUGUGUCUUACCUAUUACCUUACAUGCCAGCCUAAAUGCUACAUAGGUACACCUCCUCUAACAGCACUUUUUUAAUUUUUUUUGUGAUCUGAAGAGAUGCCUAAAAUGGAGAGUAAUGACAUACAGCAACUUCUGAAGGAUGUUCUAGGACCCCCAGAUAGUGAGCAGACUGUUAACAGUUCUGCGGGAAGGACUGAGGGGCCAUCUAUUCCUGCAGCUGUUAACCAGCCUCAGCAGCAAAGACCUUUCCUUCAAGGUAUGACAGAGUUGACAGUUUGAGUAAACUAGAUGGCAGUUCUUUAAGAUGUGUCCUGUAGCAAAAACUGGGGAGGUGCUAUAUAUUAAAAAGUAUGGGAAACGUUGUGGAUAAUACAUUUUUCUGUUUAGUCUAGUCAGUGCAAAUCCACAUAAACCUUUUGUUUGAUGUAUUAGAUUUGUUCUUGCUUAUAUGGGAGAAUUGAUAUAUUAAAUGUUGAUUUUAUUAUUUUUAUAUGCUUAUUAAUUUUUAUAUAAAGUCUUCAUAAACUUGAGAACAACUCUUGGGGUACAGAAAUUAAACAGGAGGGUCUGUCAACAAUCACAGUAAAUCGUUAGAUUGUAGGUUUGUCCAUGAGAGAACUGCUUAUGAAUAUUUGUAAUUAUGGUAUUGUUCCUAUAUAUCCCUUUAGUGUGUCCUCCUAUGACUGUGGAAAUUUAAACCACAGCCGCUCUCUUUUGAUCAGGAUAAAUGGUUCCUGUCUUUUAACAGGAGGAAAUUGCUUAAUGACUAUUGUGAUUUGAAAUUCCCGAUGAGAACGCUUGCUUCAUUUUACCCAACCCACUGCUUCUCUUAUAGGGCUUUUUAAAAAAAGCCACAAACGAAAAUAUAUCAAUAUACUGCUCCUAAUGAGUGUGCUGUUUUUCAGGUGUGUCAAUGGCUGCUCCUCUUCACCUUGAUUCAUUUUCCCAGCCAGGAUUCAUAGAGAACAGGUGUGUAUGGAUUUCAUCCUGUCCCUUAAAAAAAAAAAAGCCAUUAUUAUCCAUUUAUUCUCAGUAGGUUAACUUUAGGUUAACAUUACAAGUCUGGCAAGCAUCCCAGUUUAGUUAGGUCCAGAAAUAUUUGGAUACUGACACAAGUUUCGUUAUUUAUUUUGGCUGUUUGCUGUUACAUCAUGAAUAUGGGCUUAAAGUGCUGUCUCUCCGCUUUAAUUUGAGGUUAUGCACAUCCAAAUUGGAGGAAGGGUUUAGCAAUUACAGCUCUUUAAUAUGUAGCCCCCUCUUUUCUAGGGACCAAAAGUAAUUGUACAAUUGACUCAAAAGAUGUUUCAUGGAUUGGUAUGGGCUAUUCCUUCGUUAUUUCUUAAACAGUUAAGCAGGUUAACAGUCUGGUUGAUUCCAGGUGUGACAUUUGGAAGCUGUUGCUGUGCACCGGCUACAUGCGGUCGAAGGAGCCCUCAAUGCAAAUGAAAUCAACAAGCCUUAGGCUGCAAAAAUAAAAAAAUCAAUCAAAGAUAGCAGGAACAUUUGGAGUGGCCAAAUCAAAAGCUUAGUACAUUCUGAGAAUGAAACGAAAACCAAAAUGUACCAGAAUGAUGUGAACUAAAAAGCAUGGAGAAGGCUUGGAACAGCUAAUGAGCCAAAGCAUACCACAUCAUCUGUAAAACACAGUGGAGACUUGCAUGGCUUUCAAUGGCACUGGGUCACUCUUGUUUAUUGAUGAUUUGACAGAAGCAGACUGUUGAAUUCUGAAGUGUUUUGGGAUAUAUUGUCUGCUCAGAUUUAGCCAAAAUCAGCUGAUUAGACGGCGCUUCACUUUACAGAUGGUUAAUGACCCAAGACAUACUACGAAAGCAACCAAGGAGCUUUUAAGCCAAAGAAGUGGAAUACUCUGCAAUGACUGAGUCAAUUACCUGAUCUUAACCCAAUCGAGCAUGCACUUCACUUGCUGAAUACAAAGCUUAAAGGAACACAAAUGUGUAUUCCUGACCCUGCAGUGUUAAAGCUACCAUAUAGGUGCCUUAUUCCUCUUAAAAGGUAAGAAAACUUACCUUCUUUCCAGUGCUGUGCAGGUCAGACAGCCCUGCCCCUGAUCUCCCUCCUUGACUGACAUACAAAUUGAUAAUCUCAGCCAAUCCAAUGCGUUCCCUUAGGAAAAGUAUUGGAUAGACGGAGAUCGUCAAGGAGACGGGCGGGGCUAAAUGCCAGCCUGGCCAAUCAGCGUUUCUAUGCGGAAAGUUCAGCGUCUCCACCCAGGAAGCAGCUGCAGUGGCCAGUAGAGGUGUAAUCACUGAAAAGACAGUGUUUACAUUAAAAAGUCUGCAGGGACAUGCUAAACUCAUUUUUUAUUUUUAAAUUCUUUAUUUUUUAAUUUUCAUGAUUUUUUUAAUUUUUUUUUUUUUUCCAGAUGUGAGGGUAACAUAAAAAAAAGGAAGGGUAACUGUAUGGGUUAACAAGAGUACAAUUUCUGGCAUUUCACAAUUACAAUUGUAAUUAUAGUGACUUGCAUUAUGAAGUCUCAUUGACUAUACUCCUUAUAACUACAUUAAGCUUCAGUUGUUCUGAUGACUAUAGUGUCCCUUUAAGGCAGAAAGACCCACAAACAAACAAACCACUGAAGACAGCUGCUGUAAAGGCCUGGCCAAGCAUCACAAAGGAGGAAACCCAGUGUUUGGUGAUGUCCAUGUGUCCAAGACUUCAUGCGGUCAUUGCCUGCAAGGGAAUAAAAACUAACAUUUUAUUUAUGAUUGUGUUAAUUUUUAAAUUACAUUUGAGCACCUGAAAUAAGGGACUGUAUAUAUGUAUAUGAAAAUGGUUGCAACUCUUAAAUAUUUUAUUACAAUAUUUUUGGGCAACCCCUUGAAUUAAAGCUGACAGUCUGGACUUAAAUUCCAUCUUUGUUUCAUUUCAAAUCCAUCGUGGUGCGUAGAGAGCCAAAAUGAAGCUUCCGUUACUGAGGCUCUAAUAGCAAUGUCACAUUAUCCAGUGAAGCUAGGAUUACUUGUACAAUGUUUUUUUUUGUUUUUUACCUUUAUUUUUGUUGUGCGCUCAUCAUAAAUCAGCAUGCAAUGACAUUGCAUUUGUUUCAAACAGAAUAUAGAGGAACAGCAGUGUCAGUCAUAAUAAGCAGCACUUUUUACAGUAAUAAUAAAUGUGUUUAUAGAAAUGCUGGAACGUUAACCUAGGGUGAUAAACAAAAAAGGUCAAAGCGGUGUUAAUGCUACCAUUGUGAGUAGUGUUGCGUUGGAUGUUGCUAUAUCAGUGCGGUUGAGGCCUUUGGGGGCGUGGGUUGAUUGCCAACGUUAAAUGGAGAAGGUAAUCCAGUAGCUCUUUGUAGAGUAUAGAAUGUGUGGCUGAGGGAAAAAAAGGAAUUAAGAAUAAAUUUUUAAGCGUUCUUGCGACCGUGAUCAUAAAUGUGAGCUGCGCCAAAGCAUAGGGACAUAUGUGCCUAAUGCAGUGUGCGUGGUCUUCAUGGCGGGCUGCUUAAUGCCCACAGUUGUGGACUGAGUAGUAUGUUUUUAUAAACUUACCAUGGGUCUCUCAUAUACCCCAGAUCAGUGGGAAGCAACACUAGGUCUUUACCCUGCAUCAUAAAUUAAACCAUGGGGAUAAUGUGUCAAUGAGACAGCCACUAGAGGCUGGAUUAACCCUAUUGUAAACAUAGCAGUUUCUCUGAAACUGCUGUGAUUACAGCAGAAAAGGUUAAUCCUAGGUGGACCUGGCACCCAGACCACUUCAUUAAGCUGAAGUGGUCUGGGUGCCUAUAGUGGUCCUUUAAGGUUUUUGUUUAGAAUUAAAAUCAGAUAUUUACAUACUGCAUAAUUGGUUGUUCAGACUUGUUUUUGUUCUAACUAGUCCAUUGUUGUAAUUUUUUUUUUUUUUUUUUUUUUAGAGACCGGACUGGAUUAUUCAGUCCAGAGCAUUGCGACACUGACAGCUCCUGGACGACCGCUUCUACGCCCACUACACCAACAGAAGGGGAAUCGGAAGGUCUGUCCUACAAUCAGCGUAGCCUACAACGUUGGGAGAAAGAUGAAGAGUUAGGGGAGCUUUCUACAAUAUCACCCGUCCUCUAUGCUAAUAAAAACUUCCCAAACCUCAAGCUGGAAUACCCAGGUGAGUAGUACACUCAGUCCAAUGAAAGAUGAAUUUUACUGGAGUUUUUGGUCUAGGUUAGAAUAGCCAUACAUGUUUUGAAGCAUAUCAGUAUACUCUUUUAAAAUUAUUAAGAUUAGGGUUGCUGAACUGGUGGUGUUGAAUUUUGCUUCUCCUGUAACUAUCACACUGUGUCUUUGCUCCAUGCUAGAUUGGUCCAACCGGUGCAAGCAAAUCAUGAAGUUAUGGAGAAAAGUCCCAGCCCCAGACAAAGCUCCAUAUUUAGUAAGUCUUCCAUAAGUUCUAACUGGACAAUGCUUUGGUUAAUAAAUCCUAUAUUUCAUAUAGGCACAAGUAAAUAAAGUGUACACAAACAGAAAAAAUCACUACAUGCUCUAAAACACAAACCAAAAAAGUGUUCCCUUUAAGAAACUCAGAAUAUAAUAGAAACAGAAAAAAGACCAAAAAGGGCAAAACCCUAUAUUGAAAACCACCAAAUAAAGUGAUUUUAAUAAAGGUUAUAUACAACCUGGUAAAAUAAUCACAAGAUAUUCUGCAAAUAAAUAAAAAAUAUAUGGUGCAGGAUGUUAAGUAUAAAUGUCAGGGUGGGGGUGGUAGAGAAUACACUAGAAAUUAGGGGUAGGCAACCUUCGGCACUUCAGAAGCUGUGGACUACAUCUCCCACAAUGCUCUUACAGCCAUAAUGCUGGCAAAGCAUCAUGGGAAGGGUAGUCCAAAACAGCUGUAGUGCCAAAGGUUGCCCAUCCCUGCACUAGAUAGAUGUAUAAUCAGGCAUGUCUCCAUUUCAAAUAGGUUCAGGAUGUUUAGAUAGAUGGUCUUCAGAGGAAUCCUCUUGAUAGCCGAGGAUAUUAAAAAAGAGAGCAUAUAGUGCAGAUUGUAUUAACCCCUUAGUGAACAGACCACUUCAAUUUUCUUACCGUUUGGGACCAGGGCUGUCUUUACAUUUCUGCGGUGUUUGCGUUUUCUCUUACUCAUUUACUGUACCCACACAUAUUAUAUACCGUUUUUCUAGCCAUUAAAUGGUCUCCAUUAAAUGGUCUAAAGAUACCAUUAUUUUCAUCUCAUAUACCGUAUAUACUAGAGUAGAAGUCGAGUUUUUCAGCACAUUUUUUUUUGUGCUGAAAAACCCCCACUCGACUUAUACUCGAGUCACUGUCUGUAUUAUGGGGGGGGGAGACUGUCUGGGCUGUUCAGCGUUCUAAUUCCCAGCAGACGUAUCGGGUAUGUCCGCUGUCCUCAGGGACAGUUUUUUGUCGGAUGUACCUGAUAUUUCAGAGGUCGGGAUGGGGUUAAAAAUGAGAUUUGUUGCACAAUAUUGCAUUUACAAGAUAGCAGAUAAAAUCAAGCGGGCGUGGUAGCCAGGCUUCAGCAGAUAGCAGGAAGCUCUGGAGGUUAAUAUGCAGGGUGGCAGAUUCCAAAUAAAACAAAAGUAAAAUAAAGCAAUUAAAAUAAAAGCAAAGUAAAGAUGUCCUACGCGUUUCGUCCGUUAGGACUUCUUCAGUGAUCGAUGUAGGUGUUCUAAGAGACUCUUUUUAUAUACCAGUAGGUAUUGAGAAUGAUAAUCGGCAGCUGGAACCUUUCUUGGUAGUUUUUGCCCUUUUUUUUUUUUUUUUUUUGCGGUUUCACAAGUAAAUAAAGCAAAUCCAUAUAUUACAGAAACAGCCAUUAGGGCAGUACAAAACAGAGCAAAAUGCACAAACUAGAGCACAAAAUGAAGAACCUCAUGGAUAUAUGCUGGUAGCAGCAAUUUGAUCGUGUGUGUGUAUUUUUAUUUUUAAUUUUUUAAUUAAAUGAAACCUAUAAAAGAGUUUUUUUAUAUUGGGGAAAUAUGAUGUUUUGAUAUUAUCUGGAUGCUGCUGAUUUUAUUCUAAAUCGAUCGCUGUUUUGCGAUGGACUCUACUGUAAGGAAUCCCAGUCGGUGAAUGCAUGGACUCUGAGGUAUAUUAAGUGGAAAUAUGGUAGUAAUCAAGUGAAGUUGAAAAAUCUUGCUAUGGACAGUGAAGUGGAUUUUGUGUUUUACUGUGAUGCAUUGGCAGCAAAUAUUAGUGGACUGCCAUUUAAACCAUAAAUUAUAAAGUGUAGACAUGUUCAUUUUAAGGGUUUGAUCUAGCUGAAAUGGAACUUAGAAAUGGUUCCUCAAUUGUCCUCUCUGAAGCCCACCUUCUUUUGGAAAAGCUGUAGAAGUAUUAUUAACGUCUGUAUAUGUGUUUAUACUAUUCUACAGCAAAAAGCCAAAGACAACCGUGCAGCACAUCGUAUUAAUAAAGUUCAGAAGGUAAGACCUUAAAUUUCACAAAUAUUCACAAUUUAAACAAAAUAAAAUAGCAUUUUGAAAUGUUGACAUGCAAACUCUUUCAUAAUGAUGUACAAAGUUGUUAUAUUCUGUAUCACUAAUUAUGCUGUCUUUAUAAAGAGGGUUUUUUUUUAUUUUUUAUUUUUUUACAUAACCUUCCGUUUGUUAAAAUGUAUUUCUAUCUGUGAAAUAAUUUUUCUUGUUUAAAUACUGUAGGGAUACUCAAAGCACCAGACCAACCUUGCCCCUGCAACCUCACUGGUAAAUUCUCUCCCUUUUGUUUGUUUAUGCAGUUGUAGCCACACCUCCCCGGCUGUGACUCACACAGCCAGUAUUAAUUAUAUAUUUUCUUUUUUAAAUUUUCAAAUGCAUCUUACAGUACAGUAUGUUUAUUUUGGAAGUUCUUAUCUCCUGCUCUGCCUUAACCGAACAUUAAUCACACACAGCAGGCACCUGCAGGCAAAUACGAGAGCAGGAGAUUAGAAAUUCUAAAUUAAUUACAGGGAAUCUAAACAAUUUAUCCUUUUUGAAGGAAUUGUGUAGGUAGGCUAUGUGAGUCACAGCCAGGGAACGCGAUUUAACUCUUAAGUGGAUUGAGAAUUGGGCAGUAAGACUGCAUGGGCAUUAUCUAUACCCUAAAACCACUUCAUUACGAUAAAACUUGUUUUAGUGGUUAGUGUCCCUUUAAGUAUGUUUCUUUUAAAGGAACCCUAAUAGCAAAAAUAGCUAUAAUUCUGUUUAGUGUUCUUGAGGCUCUCUAGUCCAGCCCAAUGCUUCUAGCAUUGGCAAAGGUAAACAGUUUCUCACAAAUGGCAAAGUUUACAAGAAUUAAACUGAAGAAACAAAUUCUUUACAUCAAAACCACUACAUUAAUAUGUAGUCCUCCAUGGUUCUUUAAAUGUGUGCUUACAUUCUCCAAAAAUAAGUCCAUGUAUUUGUUUAUUAACUCAUUAGAAAUCAUAUCACCGUUUACAAAGUCAUAUUCCCAAAUGUUGCGUUUAAAACCAUAAACCUAUUACUUUUAUUUAUUUUUUAUUUUUUUAGCAAGUUUCAGAAUAUUAAAUGUCAGACAUAUAUACUGCGGACUUAAAAAGGGACACUAGUCGCCAAAACAACUUUAGCUUAAUGAAACAGUUUUGGUGUAUAGAUCAUAGCCCUGCAGUCUCACUGCUUUAAUUUUCUGCCAUUUUGGAGUAAAAUCUUUUUUUAUUCAUGCAGGUUGUCAGUCGCUGCCAGGGAAAGUGUGGCUAAGGCUGCAUUAAACCAAACAAGUUAUUUAACUAUUAAAUGGCAGAGAAAUGAGCAGUGGAACUGCAGGGGCAUGAUAUAUAUAUACGCCAAAAGUGCUGUUAGUCUAAAGUUGUUUUGGUGACUAUAGUGUCCCUUUAAAUUCCACAAGCCUAUUUCGUUUGAAACAAACACACACAUCAUGCCGACAUUGGACAAUCCAUGAAACACAUACAUUACAAACUUGCUUCGUACCCUACAUUUACAUGCAUUGAGCUUCCCCACACACCUUCCUUCUAUCUGUGGAGUGCUGAUAAUAGAUGCAACUGUGCUUUGACUAUGCAUUAUUAUUACAUAGAUUACACACUGAAACAAACUAUCAUUACCAUUAUCGAGCAAAGUAAGUGCCUAGAGUGUUUUAUUUAAACAAAAACACACUUUCUAAUCUCUACAGAAAGCAAUAAAUUUGAGUAAAACCAAACCGAUUUAAUUCUGGGGUGUUUAUUCUGAUUUCAUGUUGUUGCAAACACUGUCCUCAGCCUGUUUUUCCUUUUUGUAUUUGAUGUUUUCUUGCUGUCUGCUCAGUAAUUUGUUUAUGCAAUCUGUUUUACUUGUACAGCAGGCAGAAAGUCAAAUCAACAAGCAGUCCAAAGUUGAGGCUGUGCGGAAAGCAGAACGUCCAGUUCUUCAGCUUCAGAUUCCGGGACCGUCAGGCUCUCAUCAUGUUGGCCCUCCUGAUUUUAGAGCUGGUGUUCCUUCAGGACAGGAACUAUUUAUGUCUAGUGGCUCUGGGAUGUCUUCUUCCUCUGACAUGUUUCUUAAACCCACAUCAGCUGGCACUCCGGGAGCAGAAUCUCCCAGUGACAUUUUCUUCAAACUCCCUCCCCAAUCUCCAUCUCAGGAGCCUUUCUCCAACUCUCCCGCUUACUCUUUAGAUGCCAGAUAUACGUCUUCCUUGGGACAGUCUCCAGCUUCUAGUGGUAGCUUCCAGACUCUUUCUGGAUCAGAGAACCAACCUGCACGGAAUGCACAGCAUUCAGCUCAAACUGAUUACCAGUCAUGUCAUCCAGCUACCCCACAUCAUCAGCCACUCACCCCAGAACCUUUUAUGAAACCACGCUAUCCUACUGGCUCUAUUGAUAACCUUUCAUUGGUUGGAAGUCCAGGCCCAAGGUUGUGCCAAUCUGAGAGUGCAAGUUCUAGCAAACCUACUGAGCCCAUGCUAUCACCUUCACGUUAUGGGGAUCACAAGAGACAAUCAGAUGGCAUUCUCCUUCAAAUCAAGAAGGAAGAUGUUGGACUUGGUUCACCAGGCUUUCCACACAGCGUUGGGUCAUCUGAUGGGACAGAGACUAAAUGUGAUGUAUUCAAAGCACCUUUAACCCCCAGGAUGUCCCAGAUAGAGCCCCACAGUCCCGCACCCUUGCACAGAGAUUCUCAUAUGCAGGCACAAGUGACAUCACCUCAACACCAUUCAGACAUUUACAGGCCACCAUCUGCUGCCCCUUUCACAGACCCCUAUUCCCAGCCACCUCUAACUCCACGUCCUCAGUCAGUUGAAGGAAGCUGCAACUUGACCCCCCGAUCUGUGACAUCGGAUCCCUUCACUCGUGUUCCCACAAGCCCCCAGUCGCAGGCCAGCUCACAGUCUCCACUAACACCUAGGCCAUUGUCUGCUGAGGCAUUUUGCCAGUCCCCAGUCACUCCUCGAUUUCAGUCUCCAGAUCCAUACUCCCGUCCACCUUCUCGCCCUCACUCACGGGAUCCUUUUGCCCCACCUCAUAAACCUCCUCGUGCCCAGGUGUCAGAACAAGGCUUUAAACCUGCUUCCCAACUUUCGCACACCUCUCCUGCCAGUUCAAGUUAUCAACCGCCACUUGAAAACCACCCCAAAAUUCAAGUAAACCAACAGCAGAAUUCCUUAUUUGCUCGGUCUCCUGGUGCCAGUGUAUAUCCAAACUCCCAAAGCCAGCUAUGUUUCACUUUCCCUCAUUCCCCUGAUAGUGUAAAGAGUUCUCCCUCUCACCAAGCUAGCUUCCCUCCCUCCCAUUCUGUUAACAGUCAUUUCACCUCUGGCAAACCACAAAGUUAUACAUCUCCUGGCAGCAACCCUUCUUCUUUCCAUCAGUCUGGAAGCCCACAUUCGACCGGAAAUAGUAGCACUCCUGAUGUGUAUGCACAGUCUCCCAUGCGACCUCCGUCUGUACUGCCUCAAGAAGCACCCUUCCAACCUCCUACUGGCCAGAGGCCAGGCCUGAACUCUCCUGCAGAAAAGCAAAGGGAUGAUAUGGCUGGGGUUCCCAAUGCCCUAGGCACCCCGGUUCGAGAAGUUCCGGAGUUGCAAGGCACACCUGAAACUGCGCUAAGUAACUUGAGUCAGACUGAGCUAGAGAAACAAAGACAGGUACAUACAUAUGCAUCCAUUCUAUUCCCUAGUCUUAAAAAUAACUUUAUAGUAUACCAUAUGCAUUAACGUUCUAAAUAUCAUUCAUACAUCCAAAAUUUUAUUCAUUUUCAAAAUACUGACUUUAGUUUUAUAGGGAGUUAAUGCAGACUGCACGUAAGCCAUAUUCCUCUGGCUAGAUGUCUGCACAAAACUUUGUUAAGAAGAAAGGGAUGAAGAAAAGUUAGACCCACAUCUGUUUAUUCUGCAUGCAUGCUUUACUCCUUAUGUCACAGUAAAGUUUGUAGGAUGGCUGUAACUCAGGACAUUGGUACAGGAGUCUACAUACCAAAGAAAUAACUCUUUUAUAGAAUUGGCACUGUGAGAAUGCAGCUGGCAUAAAAUAGCUUUGCCGUCUACCACAAACCUCCAAUGCUGGUUGGUUGGGGCACUUGCCGAGGCGGAUUAACCCUAGGUGGAAGCCACUGAACCGCAGCAUAGAUUUCAGAUAUAAAAUCAGCAAAAAUGCAUAUGUUUUAUGUUGCUAUGGUGUUAGCAUUGUCAUUUUUUUUCUUUUCUUUUCUUGAAAUAUUUGUCUAAUUUAACCUGUGCGUUUAAUCUUAGCGUCAGAGACUGCGUGAACUGCUCAUCAGACAGCAGAUACAGAGAAACACUUUAAGGCAGGAAAAAGAGGCAGCUGCCGCUGCACUGAGUUCAUCACAUGCAGGGUGGAAUGCAGAUUCUAGUGGACAAGGCUACGAUCCUACUGGACGCAUUUUGAUGUACCCUCCCACACCGGUUUGUAUGAAUCUUACUAUAUAUUAGUAACUAGGGGAAUUUGUGCAUUUUUUUAUACAAAGAUCAAAUAAGCUCUUCAGUUAUAUUUUUAUCCAGUAUGGAUACAAAUGUUGUUGCAAUGUAUGUAUCAAUUAAUUUUUCCUUAAAAUGUUAUUUAUGUAUGAAAUAUUAUUACUUUUGUUGCCAACAAAUGGGGAACUUCCUCUCGUGAUCCCGAUUUUUGCCUUGUAUGCCCUGUAGGAGAAAACAAAUAUUGGAACAAUUCCUGCCUCCACCAAUACAGCUGCUGGUAAGGUUACUGGACAAAGUGUAACCCCUUCGUCUUUCCCUCCGGAAGACCGGGUGAACACACCUCUUCCUACGCCGUCUCCUGGAGCUGUGGACAUUCCUGGACGGUACGUUGGCUGAAUGUUUAUUCUGUUAUGGGUUCUCUUGUGAAGUCAUUGAGUUGUGAUUAAAAGUAAUAUAUAUACAGAUUUUGCUGUACCUUGUAAUUUCAUCACUAUUCUUGGCAGCUUGCAUGUAUAAAAACUGCUCAAUACUAAUUGGAUUUGGAAUUUUUAGAAGUAUGUGUUCUAUAGAGCAUACCCAAUUAAAUGUGCUAGUCAUACUUCAUUUAUGAGAAUUGUUGCAGAAUCUUGGAGAUAAACCUAAUUUACCAUUGAUAUUUAUGCAUAUGUGUAGGCAUAUAUAAUAUAUUUAUACACAUGCAUACAUAAGCUUCAUUGGUAAAGGUUAAAUACCACACAACUUUGGCAGGUAUGUGACUGGGACAGGACUUGCUUCAUUGUUGAUGCCCAAAAUGGAAAGGGUGUGUUUCCAACAGGGUACUAAUAGUCUUCCAGCCAGUCCCACCCAGGGCACACUGUGCAUAGAGUGCUGCUGAAGCACUCUUUGCAUGGUGCUAGUUCUAUCAGCACAGGACAAGCAAAUGGGCUCCACCAGGCGGCACUACACAUCUACUCUGCACUGCAAGCUCUCUUUGUUUAGCUAAGAAUUAGCUCAACCUUGGGAGCAUCUGACGGAGCGGAAAUGUGGAAUUGUGACACUGGAAUAAUUUGACUUUCCAUUAUGGGGCACCAGGACACUCGUGGCACCAUAACCACUAUAACAUACUGUGCUAAUUAUGGUGUUACUAGUUUUCAUUCAAUCUAGUGUAAAGUACCUUUUGUUCUACCUUUUUCUUUCUACUUCACAUCACUCUAUCCAUGUGACUUCUGCUUGGCUUUCUCUUGUUUACUAAUAAUCUAGCCUUUUGUUCUCUGGAGUAAACUUAAUGUUAUGGGUUUGUAUAUAACAUACAACUUACUGGGUUUUUGUUUUUGUUUUUUACACAGACACUCCACCGAAGGGUCUCAAUCGUUUUAUUCAAGGGGAUCGUUUCCUGAUCAGCAACAGGUCUGGCAACCUCCUGUAGCACCACACAGGACUUUAACACCUAAUCGCUUCCAGGAGGUGAACCGACAGUUAUUAACAUCGGUUAAUAGUGGUGGAAUGAUGCGAUUACCUUUUCCUGCAGAUCAGGUCACAACUUCAGUUACAGUGGGAGGCGCACCAUAUAUAGAAUUGCGCCACCAUGGACAAAAACUACCUUUGGGGCCUGCGUUUUCUCCUCCUGGUUCUCAAAGUCGACCUCGCUUCUAUUUACCAGGUGAUAUAGGCAACACUUCUCUUCUUCCGGGAGUUAUGAGAGGUGAUGUUAAUCCCUUACAAGUUCCAGUUAUGAGAAGUCAACUUUUGCAGACCCCCAAAAUUUCACCUUCUACUUCCCUUCAAACAGGAAACAUGGUAAGUGUCCUGCAGACCACUCAAACCAAAAUUUCCAAUGUCACUGGAAUGCCACAACAGCAAGAACCUGCCACACAUCCUUCAACACAAAAUACAGCUCAAGCAGAAGGCUCAAAGGAAACAUCUGCACCUGUUCUAGAGCGUGGACGAGUUUCUUGUGAUGAUCCCUCGGAACUGGAUGUUGAUUUUGUCACUCAUAAAGACUUGGAGGAUGAUGACUUGGCAAAUUUGAGUCUUGAUGUGGCUAAAGCAGACGAUGAUUUAGGCAAUCUAGAUAACCUGGAGACAAAUGAUCCCCACUUAGAUGAUCUCUUAAAUGGGGAUGAGUUUGACCUAUUAGCAUAUACUGAUCCCGAGUUGGAUACAGGGGAUAAAAAGGACAUUUUCAAUGAGCAUUUGCGACUGGUUGAGUCUGCCAAUGAAAAAGCAGAAGAGGAAGCAAUGCUGAAGAUGGACCCUGAUGUUGAUGCUGAUGGUGACGCAAAAACAGACUGCCCUCCUAAAAAAAUGCAAAAGGAGUCACCAACUAGUGCAAAUAUGGAGAUUACCAAAGAGAAACUAGUAAGCGAGUUGGGUUUGGGCACUCACUCUUUCAGUACAGCUGAGAAAGCACCCCUACUUAAUCCUGCAAUGGAAACAAAGCACUCUCCCUUUUCAGGUGAUUUAAAACCAAAGCUAGAAGAUGGAGGCCUCAAGACAAGCACCUGCCAGUUUUCCACUAGCAAUUCAAUAUCUAUUAAAACUGAAAAAUCUUUGCUUGGAGCUAGCAUGCUAAAGACUGGAACUGGCCAUCAGGUUCUUGGUGCAAAUUCUGCCCAUUCAUCACAUUUGAGGGGAUCCCUGUUUCAAAGUAAGGAAUCUAGUAUAACUUCUGUAAUUACCCAUCAGGGUGGCCUAAUGCUUGGAAAGUUUGAGUUGGAUGAAGGAACUCUGGCUCUACAAGGUCCUCGCCAUUCACCCAGUGAUGAUUUGGAUAAGAUGGAAAGUUCACUUGUAGCUAGUGAGCUGCCACUACUUAUAGAAGAUCUAUUAGAACAUGAAAAAAAUGAACAGCAGAAAAAACAGCUGAUGUCAGGACAGCACUCAGAGGGUGUACAGCAGCUUCCAAUGAUAACUCAUUCUUCAAUGUCAACUCAGCAGCAGGGAGCCCACAUUCAACAGCCUCCAGAUAGCCAACAAGCUGGGCUUGUGGGACUUGGACUAGUAUCUAGACACCAAGGAUUGAGUUCCACGGCCCAGCUCCUAACACCACAGCAAGAGAUGCAGCAAAGGCUUCUUGGAGCACAAACAAGCUCUACCCUAGAUGCAACCCUCGGUGGAGCUCCAGGUCACUUGAUAAGUGGUCAGAACAUGGUACUGAAUACUGGUCCUUCACAACAGGUCCUCCCUGCUAAAUCGGCAAUAGGGCAGCAGAUUGGAAUUAAACCACAGUCACUAGUUGUGCAGCAGCAGCCUUUGCCAAGCAGCCUUUUCCCUGAUACAGGUAAAAUUUUAUUUUUUAUUUAUUUAUUGCAAAAUAUUUACAAAUUUGAAUAUAUUCUUUAAAACCUAGCAAACCUGCAUGAGCAAAGUAAACACAGAAUACCUAUUAAAAAAAUGAAUAAAUGAAAAUCUUAUUUAAGAUGCUAUUUAGCCAUACAUAAUCUUCAAAUGUUUACGCUUUCCACUGGGUGCUGCCAUAGAAGCAAAUGUCAUUGUCAGAGGGGGUAUUUGCAAAGACCCCUUGAGUGACUGUACAAUAUGAACAAUACAAUUCCCAGUUAAACUGUAAGAGUACUGUAUAGUUAAUGGCAGUCCAUUUACUUUGUUUUUAACAUGAUCAGACUGUUUUUAAUGCUUUAUCUCAUUACACAGUGCUAUCGCUAUGUGAAUUUCUAUUUAGAAAAUACUUGGACACUAGUCUCACUUGAGUACACCAUAGAACAUUGAAACGUUUAAUUUAUAUGGACUUGUUUGUUCAGUAUAUUAUCCUAUGACCAGCUGGUAUGAAUUUUUUACUCAAUUCUCAUAGGAACCACUACUACUUCCUGGACUAUGUACAGCUCUUACUUUACAGCUUUGAAGAGUAGUUUAACUGCAGAAUUCCCAUAUUUACACAUUCACAUAAUUUAAUGUUAUUUCUGAUGAGAUGAGAUUUGUUUGAGGAUAUUGUAAUUUAUUUGUGAACUGUUCAACUUAGAUGUGUUUUUUUUGUUUUUGUUUUUUUAUAUAUACUUUGUAAGGAGCCAUUUUAUUAACUCAUAUUUCAGUAAAGUGUGUGAUCAGCUGCUUCUAUAAAUGCUGUUUUUUACAGAGUUUUUUUACUACAAAAAGCCAUUUUUAAACAAUUGCUUUUAUUUUCUUACAGAUCUUGAUAAAUUUGCACCUGAUGAUAUCUUGGAUCCCAUUGCUAAGGCCAAGAUGGUUGCUCUGAAGGGGAUAAAGAAGGUGAUGGCUCAAGGUACUAUUGGAGUCACACCUGGCAUUAACAGGUAUGCAGACAUUGAUUUAUCUUUUCUUUGAGUUUAAAUGUUACAUGGCUUAGGAUGUAUAAUUAAACCCUUCUCGGCCAACUAAACACAGAGUAUGUUGUACAAAUUACAUACUGUAAAUAAAUUGGAAGUUUGUCUUUUGAACUGGCACUCUUUUUAAAAAAAUAAAUUUUUUUUAUCUGUCACAUGUGACAUAGCCUGGAAAUAGACUUCCUUUGCAGUACAAGCAAUGCUGGGUGCCCAUAACAAUAAUGUGAAUGGUUCCAGUAAAUCAACCAGCAUUUCUGUAAUUUGACCCUUAUUAAAUUUCAAACAUCUGAGAGAGGUUUCUAUGGGGGCUAUUGCUGUACUCGACUGCAGUAGGACAAGACAAAUUAAAGUUCCUUAAAGUAGUGGGAAUUACAUGGCUUGUGAAAUCAACCUUAAAAAUGAAACGUGUGGGGGGUGGGGGGGAGAGACAAACGAUUGCAAUAUAACAAGCAGAUUUUGUUGGGUAAGUGAUGAAAUUUUAAAAAUGGACAUCUGUUAGAGGGGCUUCUGCAGAAAUGUCAGAGUAAAACUAUUUGUAUCAGACGCUUUCCUAUGGGAAAACAUUGGAUUGGCUGAAAUCAUCAAUAUCUAUUAUCUCAGCCAAGGAGGUUGGGCCAGUUACAAAGAUGUUUGUGUUCUUAACGCUAUAGUGUUCCUUUAGAGAAACUCCUUCUUUGCCUAGUGUCUGUAAUUUUUCUAUAGACCACAACACUGGUUAUUCAGAGCUACAGCGUGUCUAACUUCCACCUUCUCAAUGAGCUAUUCUACAGCUCAUUCAGAAGCAUAGGGGAGUCGCGAUCAUGUGCGUGCUCUGGCAGUUUGAUCGCAGUGGUUUCUCCAGGAGACAUCUCUAGUGUAAGUCAGUGCUGGGGAAAAAGUGAACAGCUUCCAAAAGAUGCAGACAGAUCAUCUAUAUUUUCACAUAUACCUCUUAAAGAAAAACCUUGUUUGUUUUUGUUUUUGGAGAGUAUCCUUUUAAAGUUAGUCUCCGUUUGUCAGAUUUUGAAAAGUAUAGUUUAAAAAAAAAAAAAAAAAACAUAUUUCACUCCUUAUGUUCCAAAAAUGAAUUAAAAUCCUUGCCAUAUUGGACAUUUUAAUAAUCAGGACUAAUAAGUGAAUUUAUUUUGAGUAAUUUUUCUUUUUCUGUACUAGCUAUAUAGAACUAUGAACAAAACUGUGGUAAAAUGUGCUGUUGUGUUUUUGUAUUUUUUUGUCUUAAUUAGUGUUGUAGUGAGUGAUAAGUUAUGAAACAGAAUCUUUUGGUCGUGAAUCGGUAAAAUGUGAUUGUAAGGCUCCUUUUAAUGUUAACAAUUAUACUAGUUUUAAAUCUGAGUUUUGUGUUUCUAAAGACAACAGGUAUCUCUUCUUGCUCAAAGGCUAGGGGUUCCAGGAGUAACAGAGCCCAGCAGUCAAACACCGUCUGGUGCUGCCCAGGUAUGUAGUUUGUCUUAUCAAAAGACAACAAACUUCCAAGAGAACCACUUUUUGUUCUGCAGUGUAUUAUGUUUUUAUUUAUUUUUUAAUUUUGCAAUUUUAACCACUUUUAGGAGAGGAGCAGCAUUGACCCAACGCAGCCCCGCCCAAACCCUCCUCCAUUUGUUCAGGGAGGAAUCAGUAAGUAUUGUUUGGCUAAGUGUUUUUUGGCAAAAUACUUGUGCUAUGAAAGUUAGGGGUAUAUGUACUUUCUGAAGCUGCAUAAUGAGGUUUAGAUUUAAAUAGAACAUUUCAUGCGAAUCACAGACAGGAAAUCUAUUUUCUAAAUUAUCUCAAAUUGCCUCCUCCUUCCCCAUGUAGAUGAUGCAGAUCAACGUCAGUAUGAAGAGUGGCUAUUUCAUACACAGCAACUCCUGCAGAUGCAGCUUAAGGUGCUUGAAGAACAGAUUGGGGUGCACAGGAAGUCCAGGAAAGCUCUGUGCGCUAAGCAGAGGACCGCAAAGAAGGCAGGCCGUGAAUUCCCUGAGGCUGAUGCAGAGAAGCUGAAACUAGUCACAGAACAACAAAGCAAAAUCCAGAAACAGUUGGACCAGGUGUGUGAUGCCACUAAAAUGCCAAGGAAGCAUUUCCACCAAUUCGGAUUACUCGUCUAAAAAUGUUCUGUAAAUGACAAAAGAACAUUUGGUCAAUAAUCUAUAGUUCUAGCUGGCCACAUUUUAUGUUUUGAUCUUGGUGUUUCUGGUUAUAGAACAUAUUAUAUUGUUACUAUUAUACAUAUACUAUAAAAUAAAUCUAAAUCCUGUAAUUACUUUAGAUGGGAAGUAAAAAUUUUCAGUAACACAGUAUCUUCUAGGCCAUUUUUUUUGGGUGACCAUUUCAAUUGAACGUUUUGUGUGUGUGUGUGUAUAUAGAUAGAGAGAGAAAUAUUAGUAAUAGAAUUGGCUCAAUCUAUUUUAUGCUGUAAUUCCUUAUUUGGUUUUGUAUGCCAGGUAUUAUAAACUGUAUUUAUUUGAUUAUUUUUUUUUUUCCCCCAGGUCCGUAAGCAGCAAAAGGAACAUACAAACCUUAUGACGGAGUACCGUAAUAAACAGCAGCAGCAAACUUGUGGAGUUUUACCUGUCAGUCCAAACCAGAACUCGCGUGUUCUCACUAAAGCUCCUGGCCAGAUCCUUGCUGGGCACAGUAUGCAGCAAACUGGACCCAUACAGCACAACCAAUUAAUUGCACAGCCAGGUAACAUAAGAGGUCUUCAGCCAGGGGCACCCAUGCAAACACAACAAGGUGUAUCAUACACCAAGUCAAUUCAACAGCAAACUCAAGUGAGCAACCCUGCAAUUCCUGGGACCUCGAGUGGCUUUUAUCCAACUGCACCUGCUCUCCAUGGUCUCACACCAGAUCAAAGGAUGAUUCAAGAAAGACAACUCCAACAACAACGGUUGCAGCUAGCUCAAAAGCUUCAACAGCAGGGAUUCCAAAGCAAUCUUCCUCAAACGAUGUUGGCCAAGCAGCAUGGGCUCAUUGCAAACUCCCAAGGCUUGGUUGUACAGCAGGGCUCACCUCAACCACAACAAAUUGCUGGUCAUCCAUCAGGAGCUGUAUUACAGCAUCAUUCUAAUCAGCAAAGACAACUUUUAAUUUCUCAACAACAGAGGGUGCUUGGAUCACCACCAGUGGCUCAAACUCAAAAUAUCAUGGGACAAAGGCUACUUUUAUCACAGACACAGCAAAAUGUUAUCAGUCUUUCUCACAUGCAGCAGCAAUCUGGGUUAGGUCAGUCAGCAACAGCUUUGCCUCAGCAAUCCCUUGUUGGGCAAAUGACCCAAGGCGUGCCUGCUCCCCAACCAAACAUUCAUACUCAGCAAGGUCCAAUCUUGAGUGAUUCAAAUAUGUCAGAACGUUCACUGCUUCAAGAUGGUGCAGAAAGUCAAGUGCAACAAAAUGUUCUGCAACAAACAACUUGCAGUCCAGGUAGUCAAGAGUCUUCAGAUCAGUCAUCUCAAGAGCAAGUUAAUCACAUUUCUGCUGCCUCACUCACCCAAGAGCCAGAUCCACAACCUGCAGGAUCUGUGGAUGAUACUUUGCAACAAAACCAACCUCCGGAUCAACCACAGACUCAGUUUGGCAUAUCUAGUCCAAUGCAGUCAGUAAGGCAGCAACAUAAUGUUCUUUCAACUCAACAGCAAAGUGUGCAAAUGCUUGGCACACCAGUGAGGCCAGAGUCUGUCUCAAACACUCCUCAGCAUCAUCUUACUCAGGAGACCUUACAUCAUCCUCUCGCUGUGUCUCAAAGUAUGACUGGAGAUCAGCAAACAAGCAUAGUGCAAACGCAGCAGAUUGGGAGUCAUGGUCAAGUGUCUAUACAAGGAAAUGAACAAGACAAAAAUGUUGUUGGCCAACUGCCACAUCCAGUGGGACAACAGAGACCAGUUUUGAAUGUUCAACAAUCACAAAAUAUUGUUAAUUUCAUGGGACAAAACACUCCACUCAUGGCUCAAAUUAGAGCUCAGCUGCAGGGAAUCAUUGCAAAGAAUCCACACUUGCGACAUUUGACCCCACAACAGCAACAGCAAUUACAGACUAUUCUUAUUCAGAGGCACCAGCAAGCUCAGAACCAAGCUUUGAGACAAGCUUCUUAUCAAGAGUCAACUAUACAGUCUGCUUCUUCAAAUGCCUCUGUGAGUAGUGGGACAUCUGGAAGUCAAACAUCCACCAGAGGAGUUUUUCAAGUUCAGCAAACUGGGUCAGUUGCUACAGAUCCAGCUCAUUCAAGUUAUUCUGAAGAAACCUCUCAAAUGAAUGUACAGAAAGUACAAGAAAAUAUAGGAACACCACAAGCACCAGAUCCUGGUCAAACUUCAAUGCUGAAAUCUCCAGGAAUGACAAGAUAUUGUGCCACUCUAUCUCAGGAAAGUGUACCUGGUCAACAUCCUCAAAGCACUGCAAAUUUAAGACAAGUCCCACAACAACCUCCCCCACAGUACAGAAUGCCACAGGCUCAGUCACAGCAAGUAGUUCCAGGUCAUCAACCAUCCCAACAGUAUCAAAUACAACAGCAGGGACAACAGGUGCAACCACAUUCACAACAAUUGCAGCAGUUACAGCCACUUCAAAUGCAGCAAGUUCAGCAAACACAGAUGCAGUCCGUACAACCGCAGCAACAACAAACACAACCAUUACAGCCGCAUCAAAUGCAACAGCAAACACAACCUCAACAGCCACCACAGCUUCAACUUCAGCAGUCUCAACAAACACAUCAGAUGCAGCAGUUGCAACAAACACCGCAGCAAGUUCAACAACAUCAGAUGCAACAGUUACAGCAAACACCGCAGCAAGUUCAACAACUUCAGAUGCUGCAGCAAACACAGCAACAUCAAAUACUGCAGCAAACCCAAAUGCAACAACUACAGCUAGCACAGCAGCAUCAAUUGCAGCAACAGUUACCCCAAACGCAGCAGCAAAUUCAACCUCCGCAGCAAACGCAACAGCAGAUACUACAGCAAGCACAACAGCAACAGCAAUUAAUACAGCAAGCUUUGCAACAGCAGCAAAUGCUGCAGCAAGCUCAGCAACAGGUUCAGCAGCAGCAGGUCCUGCAGCAAGCUCAGCAACAGGUUCAGCAGCAGCAGGUCCUGCAGCAAGCUCAGCAACAGGUUCAGCAGCAGCAGGUCCUGCAGCAAGCUCAGCAACAGGUUCAGCAGCAGCAGGUCCUGCAGCAAGCUCAGCAACAGGUUCAGCAGCAGCAGGUCAUGCAGCAAGCUCAGCAACAGGUUCAGCAGCAGCAGGUCAUGCAGCAAGCUCAGCAACAGGUUCAGCAGCAGCAGGUCCUGCAGCAAGCUCAGCAACAGGUUCAGCAGCAGCAGGUCCUGCAGCAAGCUCAGCAACAGGUUCAGCAGCAGCAGGUCCUGCAGCAAGCUCAGCAACAGGUUCAGCAGCAGCAGGUCCUGCAGCAAGCUCAGCAACAGGUUCAGCAGCAGCAGGUCAUGCAGCAAGCUCAGCAACAGGUUCAGCAGCAGCAGGUCAUGCAGCAAGCUCAGCAACAGGUUCAGCAGCAGCAGGUCCUGCAGCAAGCUCAGCAACAGGUUCAGCAGCAGCAGGUCCUGCAGCAAGCUCAGCAACAGGUUCAGCAGCAGCAGGUCCUGCAGCAAGCUCAGCAACAGGUCCAGCAGCAGCAGGUCCUGCAGCAAGCUCCGCAACAGGUCCAGCAACAGCAGGUCCUGCAGCAAGCUCAGCAACAGGUCCUGCAGCAAGCUCAGCAACAGGUCCAGCAGCAGCAGAUCCUGCAGCAAGCUCAGCAGCAGCUCCUUCAACAACCACAGCAGCAAGUUCAACAGCAGCAACAUAUCCUGCAACAGCAGCAAAUGCUACAGCAGUCACAGCAGCAAGCCCAGCAGCAACAACUAUUACAUCAGCAUGUUCUGCUUCAGUCACAGCAGUCUCAACAGAUUUCGCUACAGUCGCAGCAAGGCAAACCGAUAUCACUACAGUCACAGUCGCAAGUCCAACAGCAGCUGAUGUCGCAACAGUCACAGCAGCAGGGACAACAAAUUUCACUACAGCCACAGCAGCAAGGUCAACAAAUAUCACUAGAAUCACCGCAACAAGUUCAACAGCAGCUUAUGUCACAACAGACACAGCAGCAAGCGCAACAGAUAUCGCUACAGUCACAACAGCAAAAGCAACAGAUGUCACAGCAGCAACUACAACAGCAAGUGCAACAACAGAUGUCCCAGCAGCAACUGCAACAGUCUCAACAAGUGCAACUGCAGCAGGUUCAACAGAUGCCGCAACAAACACAGCAGCAAGCCCAGCAGUUACUUCAGCAAUCGCAGCAGCAAAAGAUACUGCAGCAAGUGCAACAGCAGCAUAUACUGCAACAACAAGUACAUCAUCAUCAGUUGCAGCAAAAACAGCAGCAGUUGCAUCAGACCCAACAGCAGCUACAACAAACACAACAAAUGCAACAGCAGAUUCUUCAACAAACACAGGUACAGCAGCAGAUGCAAUUGCAGCAAAUGCGGGUCCAGCAGCUAGAAAAUGUACAGCAGCAGGAAAUGAAUAGCUCACCAUCUCUACAUAAGUUACCACAGACAACUGAGCCAGUACAGCAGCAAGUUGGUCAAACACUACAAAGUGACCAAAUGCAAGACCUGAACCAAUUACAAGAACAGAAGCAAGCUGAGCAAAUGUUGAACAUGGAGCAAAUUCAAAAUCCAGAGCAGCAAACACAACCUUCUCAGAUGCAUCAGGUGCAGCAACAGUCAUUGCAAGUACAUCAAAUUGCACAGAUGAAAUCUCAACAACAUUUGCAACAAAUGCAUUCACAGCAAACUCAGCAGUCCUCCCUUUUGCAGCAAGGUUCACAGGCUCAGUCUGUGCAGCAAGGCUUACAGAAGCCUGUUCAGUCACAACAGAUUCAACAAAUGUACCAAAUACAAUCACUGCAGAAACAAAUGCAAACUAAACCACCACAGACAUUACAGCAAUUACAACAGCACAUUCAGCAGCCUCCACAAUUGCAGCAUCAAAGCAAAACACAGAUGCAAUUGCAGCAGCUGCAAUCCAUGCAAUCACCACAACACCAGAUGCCACAACAAGUUCCCUCACAAACUGCACAAUUGCAGCAGCAAAUGGGGAAUACACAAAUCCAGAUGCAACAAUUACAUUUGAAGCAUCAGCAACAAAUACAGAUACAUCUUCAGCAGCUUAACCAAGCAAAGCCACAAAAUCCACAGCAGCAACGUCCUCCACAAAUGCAACAACCAUCACAACUGCAAGCCCAGCAAUCUAAUCUUGUUCAACCACAACAGUUGAAGCAAAGUCAGAUGCUGCAACAAAAGCAAAUACAGCAGCUUCAGCCCCAUCAAAUUCAGCAAGUUCAACAAAUUCUGCAUUUGAAGCAGCAGAUAAUGUUGCAGCCACCUGAGAAACAGUUGCAGUUGCAGCAACAACUACAAUUGCAGUUGCAUCAGUUUCGGCAACAGGCACAAAUGCAUUUUGAAAACCCUCACGCUCUAAAGAAAGAGCCACCAGAGCCCACUGCUAUAGAUUCUGGACCUGCGGAAACAUCCCAGCAACAAGGUCAGAAUAGGUCCCCAAGUGAGCAUCUUAAGGGAUCAGAGUCAAAGAGUGAAUUUGUCAUGGCCAAAGCCAGUCCCAGUAACCAGUCCCCAAAUUCUGACAGUCAAAACCCAGAUUUGUCAUCCUCUAUAGCUGGUUCUACAAUCCCAGCUGGCUCUGGUGUCCAAUAUUCCCAUACACUUAAUGCAAAACAAACAGAACCUUUGACUUCUCCUUUCUCUGCUGGGCAGUCUAAACAGGAGGAAGCAGCUAGUGAGAUUGGUAAGAAGUAUGAACCUACAGAGAAGACAGACUCUGGAUUAGAUAAAUCAUCUCCCAAAGAGGGAAAAAUGGCAGACCGUCACAUAGAACAAGAAAAUCAAAUGGACACCUCAUCUGCCCCAACAGCACCUGUAGAAAAUGGGAACAGGACUGGAUUGUCCAUGCCUCUUAAACAAGAGUUAAUUGAGGACGGAAUGUCCUGUAUUCAGGACAUCAAGAAUGAGGCAAAUGGCGACCUGGCAACUAUUGAGGCUAAAGCAGAAGCUGGUCACCUUCUUCUACAGAAACUGCUGCGUGCCAAGACUGUGCAGCUUGCUUCUCAGCGCUGUUCUGAUAGUCUCCACACAGAUAUAAAUGGCCAUAUUGACAACAAACUGAGUGUUCUUGAACAGAAAUUGCAGACUGUCCCUAGAAAUAAGGAGGUAGGCUUUUUUUUAAUUCACUGAUUUAUUUUCUCUUGUGAACAUUUUUUUUUUUCUGAUGGCAAAUGUAUUUAACCCUUUAUUUAAAACACCCAAUAAAUAUAUAUUUGUGCACUAUAUUUACACAAUGUCUAGGUAAACAAAGGGUGAAAAAUAUACUUUUUAAAAAAAAAAUUUUUUUUUUUUUCUGUUUGCAGGAAAAUUCAUCAAAGAAAAAUUUACCAAAACCAAAAAGGACACAAAAGGCAAAUGAGAAAGUACAAAAUUCACGCAAAAAGAUUCGUCGAGAGGACAGUCUAAAAUCUCCAGAUGCCAUUGUGAAGCAGCUGAAGCAGGUAACUCUCUGGCCAAAUGCUUCACUGUUGUCAUUGUCUUGCAUGUACAUGCCAAGCAAAAAGUGACAGCACUGCAACAUCGUCUAAUGAUAGCAAGGUUCAUUUUGUUUGUAAAAGGUAUUGGUAUAGUUUUGCAUAUUUAAUGUAUAAUCUGUUUAUCUGUGUGAAUAUGUAUGUUUUUGGUUUCAUACGUGUAACUUUUUCCAUUCUCUUAUCCGCAGGAACUAUCAUUGUUGCCGUUGGUUGAACCUUCAAUCACGGCUAAUUUCAGCCUGUUUUCACCAUUUGGGAGUGGUAGUCCCAUUAAUGGAAAAAGCCCCCUUAAAGGGUCUUUUGGCAGUGGCGCUUUGGAGAGCAUUCCUGACUAUUAUACACAGCUGCUCAGCAAGGUGGGUGGCAUAUUAUAUAACCCUUUCGAGCAGGUGUUCUCAACCCAGUUCUCAAGGACCCGCUACCAGUCCAGGAUUUAGGGAUUACCUGGGUGUCUCUAAGGGGUUUAGAAAAAGAAAAAAACACCUUAGACACACCCAGGUACUCCCUAAAUCCUGGAUUGGUAGGGGGCCCUUGAGGACUGGUUUGAGAGCACCUGCUUUAGAGGUACAUGUGCAUUUAACAUAAGGCAUGUAAAUUUAAAGUAAAACUUUCUCUAAUAACUAUUGUAAUUUUUACAGAACAAUCUCAGUAAUCCUCCUACACCUCCUUCCUCACUGCCUCCUACGCCACCUCCCUCUGUUCAGCAGAAAAUGAUGAAUGGGGUGACCACAGCAGAGGAUCUGAAUGACUCCAAGAAAGAAGCUGAGAGCAGCUCAGAUGCAGAAGUUAAAAAAGGUGAGCCAAAAUGUUUAUAUACACUGUUUGCACCUUAAGCAUCACAUCCAGCCCAGAUACAAAGUGCAUGCAAGCCUCUGCAUGAGAGACUUAAAGGGACACUUCACUUCAUAAUACAAAAAAACACAACUGUUUAGUGGAUAUACCACCAACGAAAACAUGCAUGUAUUUAAGUAUGCAUUUUUUAAUUGGGGAUAUGUCUAAAACAGCUGUAGAGUUCUCCUCUCCUAAUCCAGCCCAGGCAUUCCGUCGCUGUCCAAUUAGACUUCCCAAUGCAGCUCAAUGAGAAAUCUUUGCAAUACAGGUAUUCUGGAUAAUUGUUGCCUCUUGAGUUUAGCUCCACUUACCUAAACAAUCAGGAAGUAACAGGAUCUGUUGUGGGAUUAUCAGCCAGGGAGGUGUAACAAGGAUACUUUAGAAAAGCUCCAGUUUGUUUUAAAGUAUGCACUCGUUAAUUGAAAAAAGAAGAGGAUACACCCCUGACCCAUAAAGCACUUCAGAAAGCUGAAGUGCUUCUAGUGUCUGACGUGUCCCUUUUUAUAACCCAGAAAGUAUUGAUUUCUACACUGACCAUUGUUGUAGUACGUGACAAGUACUUGUAUAUCUCAAACGUUAUACUUUGACUUGCACUAUCUGCUCUGUUGAGUGAUGCUAGCUUCAUAAGUGAAAGCAUUUAAAAAAAAAAAAAUUAAAAAAAAAAUUCAAUCCAUUUGGCUAGCUUAUGCAUAUUAAUGUUUGGUUUGGCUAAAUAUGCAUUUUGACUGUAGCAUUAACCCCUUAACGCCGUUACGGCGUUCUAUGCCGUCGCGGCUUUAAAGGGCUUUAAAGCCGUUGCGGCGGCAUAGAACGCCGUAACGGCUUAAGCCUCCAGGGGAUCGCAGCUACUUACCUCCGCUGCGAUCCUCUUCUGGAGGGCUGCUUGACAGCCCAGGCAGCCCUCCUCCGGCGAAUCAGGGGCCCCUAUAGCAGGCUGUGGAUCUGCCAGCAGGGGGACUGUCUAAAAUAUCACAGUCCCCCUGCUGGUGGGAAAUGAAAAAAUAAAUAAAAUAAACAUGUGUAAAAAUAAAUGAGAUAUAUAGAUAUAUACAUAUUAUAUAUAACGUCAUACGUUGUGUAUUUUAAUACGAAUAUUAGUAUAUAUUACUAUUAAAAUACACUUAGAAUGACUUUUUAUAUAUAUAUUAUAUAAUAGAUAUAUACACAUAUAUGUAUAAUUACAUUAAUAAAUAAAUGAAAAAAUAAAUUAAAAUAUUGAAACAAAUUCUAUUAAUAUUAUAUAUUCAUAUGUAAUUUCAUUCUAACUGUAUUUUAUUAGUGUGUGUGUGUAUAUAUAUAUAUAUAUAUAUAUAUAUAUAUAUGUAACAAAAUACACUUAGAUAUAUAAAGAAUGUCAUUCUAUCUAUAUAUAAAAUACAAAUAACCGCAUAUAUAAUUACAUAAAAGAUUACAUUAGUAUACACGUAGAAUUUAAAUACCUAUAAAUGCAUAUAUAUUAAAAUUUUACGUGUAUAUUUAAGUAAUCUUAACAUAAUUAUGUGAUUUGAUUAAUUAAAAUUUGAUUGACAUGCCUGACAACACAGGGAGAAAGUGCAAAGAAUUUAAUUCGCAUGCACUAUAUUUGACCCUGUAACUCUCCAAGACCCCAUAAAAACAUAGGGGGUACUGUUUUACCCGGGAGACUUCGCUGAACUCAAAUAUUAGUGUUUCAAACUGGUACAUUGUAUUACAACGAUGAUAUUUUAAGUAAAAGUGAAGUUUUUUGCAUUUUUUACAAACAAACGGCACUUUUAUGGACUAUAUUGUUGUUGUAAUAUGUUUUACUGUUUUAAAACGCUAAUGUUUGUGUUUAGUGAAGUCUCCCGAGAAUAACAAUACCCCCCAUGUACAGGUUUUAUUGUGUUUUGGAAAGUUAGAGAGUCACAUAUAAGGCUUGCAUUUCAUUUUUUUGACAUUGAAAUUUGCUUGAUUGGUUAUGUUGCCAUUGAGAGCGUAUGGUAGCCCAGGAAUAAGAAUUACCCCCAUGAUGGCAUACCAUUUGCAAAAGUAGACAACCCAAGGUAUUGCAAAUGGGGUAUGUCUAGUCAUUUUUAGUAGCCACUUAGUCACAAACACUGGCCAAAUAUUAGUUUUUUGCUUUUUUCACACAAAAACAAAUAUGAACGCUAACUUUGGCCAGUGUUUGUGACUAAGUGGCUACUAAAAAAGACUAAACAUACCCCACGUUCAAUACCUUAGGUUGUCUACUUUUCAAAUGGUAUGCAAUUAUGGGGGUAAUUCUCAUUCCUGGGCUACCACACCGUCUCAAAGGUAACAUUACUAAUGUGGCAAAUUUAAAUUUGAAAAUGGAACGUUCUAUAUUUGACCCUGUAACUUUCCAAAACACCAUAAAAACUGUUAAUGGGGGGUACUGUUGUACUCGUGAGACAUCGCUGAUUACAAAUAUGUGCAUAUUUUUGCAGUAAUACCUAACAGUAUUAUGACAUUAACAGCUAAAAUGUCAGACGGAAAUACAAAUUUAAAAAAAAAUCUUAUUUUCUAAAAAGAAUAAUAAUUUUAUUCAUAAUAAAUGAUGUUCCAUAUAUGAAUAAUGAUAAAUUAAAGCCCUGUUUCUCCUGAACAAAAUUAUAUAUAAUAAGUGUGGGUGCACUUAAUGUGACAGCGGUGAAUUACGGGUGAACAGACAUAUAGUCAAAUUCCAGUUUUUGUUUACGUUUUGUUUUGAUCAGAACGUGUACUAUUGACUCCGUCCUGAAGGGGUUAAAGAAAAACCUUGUUUAGAGAUGUACAAUUAAAUAAGCUUAUCCUGCAUUCCUGAAUUGGAUAUUUCUGCUCUCUGUAGAUUAUAAUUUAAUAUAUAGCUGGUGAUAGGGAUGAGGGUUAUUGUUUCUGGUGGCACAUUGGCACACACAGAGUGUGCUCUUUUGUAAACUUUCCCUGCUCAACAACACUCUGCAUAUGCAUGUUACAUAUGUCACCUCUGACAUAACCUUUUUGACAUCAACUAGUAAAGAGUUCUGACUGAAAACUAAAGCAGGAGCUAUAGAAAAUGGCAACUGACUUCCUUUUGGUUUAACCCCUUAAGGAACAAACUUCUGGAAUAAAAGGUAAUCAUGAAAUGUCACACAUGUCAUGUGUCCUUAAGGGGUUAAUGAUUCCUCUUUAAGAAAAACUGUCCUGAUCUCCUGUGGGUUGCUGCUAGUCUUUUAAUAGCUCAGCAUUUUACACAUUUAGUUUAAUUGGACAAAUGUGGAGUUUAGAUUGACUAAUCAUAUAUAAGUUUUUAUAUCUAUUGAACCAGUCUUGCAAAGCAAGAUGUCCUGCUCUUGACCAAAUAUAAUGUAUAGCAUCUGAACAUCAUACAGUUAGACGGCAUAACAUUUCUUAAAAUGCAUAUAUUCUCCAAAAUCAUUCUCUCUGAUUGUAUGCUUAUAUAAUGUUGAAAUAUUUACUGGUAAAUCUUUAGCUAUGGUAAAUCAACAUCUGAUUAUAUUCUGUUUUUUUUCAGUAGAACGUAGUUUGGACCUAUUGGCUGCCCUACCUACACCACCACACAACCAAAGCGAGGAUGUUAGGUAAGUGGCUCUUGUAUAUUAAAGCAACAAUCUAGUUUGUAAGGUAUAAAAAAUGUGUUCCUGACAUUAGUUUUAAAAGCACUGUUUAGGUGUCCACUCCCUCUCCUGUCUUUUAAAACGUGACUUACUUCUCGUCAUAACUGGCUCAGAACAGCUCCACCUCCUUGGCUGGCAUCAUCAAAUUUGACUGUCUCCGCUAAUAAAAUGAUUUUUCAUAAGUAAGCAUUGGAAGGCUUUUGCGCAAGCAUGGCAAAACGCUGCGCAAAUCAACAUCUUCUCUUAGGGAUGCAAUGAUUCAUGCAUCUUUAUAGGAGCGUUCAGGUAGUGCAUGCAUUCAUGUUCAAGUUGUUGAACAUGAAUGCUGCACAUUUAGCAGGACUUGCCUAGGAAGCAUCUCUAGUCGCCGUCUGCUGCCUAGGAACACCUCAAAAUCACUCAAAAUUGUAGUUUUUACAUUAAAAAGCCUGCAUGGACAGGCUGUAGACACCAGAUCAACAUUAAACUGUAGUUGUUCUGAUGAUGAAAGUGUCACUUUAUUGACUAUUUCAGGGUCCGUCUAAGUAGAAUAACUACAUAUUAAUCUAGUUAUUAUGGUUCUAAUGGACGGGACACAACAUCCCCUGCUUCUACGUUAAGCCUUUUUGUUUUUUUGCAGUUUGACUAAAACCAGGGGUGCAAGUCAACUGCAGCCCAACAUCCCAUUUGCCUAUUGCAAAUGCAGAAGUGGAACCUCCGAAAAGGGUCUCUAAUAUUCAGACAAAUUUGAUAGACUGUGAGGGUGGGUGUGGAAGUUCCAUUUAUCCUGGAGAAUAAAUGCAUACUGUCCUUAUGGUGUCAAAGUAUGCUACUAUUUUAGAUUUUAAACUGGAUCUUGAAUCAUCCUGAAACCAUGGUAUAAAUGAAGCCAUUUAUACCAUGAAAAAGAGAAAGAUGUCUCAUAAUGCGAGUCAUUUUUUGAUACAGGUUCCACCUUCUAAUUAAAUAUUACCUUUUAUGAAUAUUAUGCUUAACUUGAAUUUAACGAUUCUUGUUGCAGAAUGGAGAGUGAUGAGGAGAGUGACUCUACUGACAGUAUUGUUCCAGCCUCCUCCCCAGAAAGUGUUGUUGGAGAGGACACACAGCGUUUCCCUUCUCUGUGCGAUGUCAAGGAAGAGCAAGAGGAGCGAGCUUUGUCUCCUGUCAUUCCACUAAUACCUCGUUGUGCCAUACCAGGUAAAUGGCAAUGGUACUUCCUGUUAUUUGUUUACACAGGCAUAACUAACGUCUUUGUUCUCUUGUAUAACGUAUAUGUGCUAUCGGUGAUAGUUAUUGGUGAUUUCAAUAGGAACAUUUUUUUUUUAUCUGAAUUUUAUAAUGUGGAAGCUUUUUUCGACUCUUAUAUGCUGAUGUCAAUUCUUUUCAAGUGUUUCCAGAUGCAAAGCCAGUAGAUAUUUUGCCUGUUCCGUCGGAGCAUGCUGAAAAGGGACUUGUGAAUGCUGCAGGAACUGUGGCCUGGGAGAAAUCCAAAAGCAGUGAAGUCUCGGUCAUGCUCACAUUGUCCACAGCUGCUGCCAAGGUAAGUAAUUCUAUUACUCUGCUAAACCUUUUUGUUAUCCCUUUCAACAGUUAAUUUUUCAUGUCUCUCUUGUCUACCCACCUUUAGAACAUGAAUGGCGUAGUAGCUGCUGUAGCAGGUUUGCUUAGCAUCAAGCUUCCGAACUCUUAUGAGGUUUUAUUCCCAGACACUGGUCUCAAAAAUAGCAUCGACAUAAAAAGUCCCGUAGAACCUUCCACAGAUGGUAAGUGGAACAUUCGUUUCCCUGUUUUAAACAAAUCUAAAAUCUGAAUGUUAUUUUGACAAGUUGAUAAAAACUGAAUAGACAGAAGUUGCAUUUUUACUUGUUGUAAACAAGUUGAGUGAUUUGUAGGGUUGGGAACGAAGGCUACCUUUUUUUUUUUUUCAGUUCAGGGAUUAAAAAGUUAAAGCCGCUUUAACUUCAUAAACUUUAUUGUUUUCUGUAGUACUGUAAAAGACUGUGUACAGUAACUUAAGACCUGACAAAUAUGUGCUAUUUUCAGUCAGUGAUGAAACGAUCACAAUCAUAUGAUUUAUGUUUUAUUGUAACAAGAUUGAUUAUAGCACUUAAAUGAUCAUUUUAUAAUUGUGCAGCGCCAAAAUAGACAAAUAAUGAACACAGCUGAUACAAAAGGAAAAAAGAUCUGGUCUUCUCAGUCAAUUAGUGUGUUUUUUUUGUUUAUAUUAUAGGUGUAAAUGUGGAGAAGGACAGGUCUCAAGUUGGAAAGUUGGAUAAUAACACUGACUGGUUGAAACAACUUGAUGCAGUCCUUCCUGGAUACACGCUAAAGAAUGAACUAGACAUUCUAACUCUUCUUGCCCAGGUAUGUAUUCAAUUCCUUAUUAACCUAGCCAGGGUACACAUUGCAAACUAGGAGUAAAAAUAGAAUCAUUGUUUCAAUUCGCCUUUUCUCUGUUAAGCUCUUUCUGUACGGAGUUCCAAUAGUGUGUAGGUUGGUGCCAGGGCUAUUGUUGUGCAAACUGUAGUGGUUAUGGCAUGUAGUACUUGGAGUGUCCCUUGAUUAUGUUAGUACUCGGUUCAUUUUAUUUAGAAGAUGCAUUACUUUCACAAUGAAGCUACGCAGGUAUAGCGUUAAAGCAUUUCAUAAAGUACUUCUGCUUCUAGGACAAUUGUUUAGCCUUGCCCUUCCAGCUUUAGGUGGCUCAGCUGAAAGACAGGAAUUAUAGUCCAUGAUCAGGUUGGAAGCACAGGUUUAACAACCCGGUCGUAAAAUGUUCAAAUGCUGAUUCCACUAUCCUACAAUCUGUUUGUUUGGUGAGGGGAGGGUAUGAUGUUUUGUUACUUAUACACAAUUUAUUAUUUAAUUAUUUUCUGUUUUUACUACAUUUCUUUCAGGAGGAAAAAGUGGUUGAGAAGGCUGUGCUCCAUUCUUAUGUCAAUAAUGUUGCCAAUCUUGAUGUUCGCCAGCUUCCAGUGUUACCUGAAGAAAGCUCUCCUCCUCCUUCUCCAUUUGCCCCCUCACCAGCUAGUCCAGUGGAAGUUCCUGCUGCAGAACCGGAUCCACCUGCAGCUCCUAUUGCACCAUCCCCUCCACCACCACCACCACCCCCGCCGCCACCACUGCCACCACCACCACCCCAGUCUCCUGAUAGAGAAGAAUCAGAUGAUAUCGCCAGAAUGAAGCAGCGUGUCCGCUCCUUUGAAGAUGACCUGGAAGAACCACGGCUACGUGUAAAAAAAUGGAAAGGUGUUCGCUGGAAGAGGCUGCAUAUACUUAUCACCUUUCAAAAAAUUCGAUCACGUCACUGUGAGAAAGAAGUUUGUGAGGUGAUUGAGAGAUUGGGGACCACUCUGAGGCCUGAUACAUUACCUCCAGACUUGCGUAAAUGCUGCUUCUGUCAUGAGGAAGGUGAUGGUGCAACUGAUGGACCAGCUCGACUUCUCAACUUGGACCUUGAUCUCUGGGUACAUCUUAAUUGUGCUUUGUGGUCAACGGAGGUGUAUGAGACACAAGGUGGUGCGCUAAUCAAUGUGGAGGUGGCAUUACAUCGAGGAUUGCUCACAAAGUGUUCUCUAUGCCAGAAAACAGGAGCCACAAAUAGCUGCAACCGUCUGCGUUGUCCCAAUGUCUAUCACUUUGCCUGUGCCAUCCGUGCCAAGUGUAUGUUCUUUAAAGACAAAACCAUGUUGUGCCCAAUGCACAAGCUCAAGGGACCGUGUGAGCAGGAACUGAGCUGCUUUACUGUCUUCCGAAGGGUAUAUAUAGAAAGAGAUGAAGUUAGUCAGAUUGCCAGUAUCAUACAACGAGGGGAACGCAUCCAUAUGUUCAGAGUUGGGGGAUUGGUUUUUCAUGCCAUUGGCCAGCUGCUUCCCCAUCAAAUGCAAGACUUCCAUAGUGUGACUGCUCUCUACCCUGUGGGAUAUGAGGCCACACGUAUCUACUGGAGCAUGCGCCACAGUCACCGACGGUGCUCUUAUCGUUGCAGAGUAUGUGACAACAAUGGGCAGCCAGAAUUCAGUGUUCAAGUAAUUGAAUAUGGCUAUGAAGAUGUAAUUCUGACAGAUUCCUCCCCACAAGGUAUGUCUUAUUGAUGCAGGGAUUUAUAUUUUUGUUGAUAAUGAUUUAUGAGAACAUGGAUGAAUUGAUAAUACUGCUUUAUGUUAAAAGAAAGCAAAACAAGGCGGUAUUAUUGGAAUUCUGCCUGGGGAAAAAAGGGAGAACACCAAUAAGGUAAAAAGAUUUGAAACCAUUAUAAAAGGAAGUAUGAAGACAGCCGACAUACUAAUUCAUCAGAAGUAUGCUACAAUGUGACAGUUUUUCUUAUACUGUAUUACUCAGUAGAAUUUAAAGGGACAAUCACUAAAACAACUUGAGCUAAAUGAAGCAGUUUUGGUGUAUAGAUCAUGCUCCUGCAGUAUUACGGCUCAAUUUUCCGCUAUUUAGGAAUUAAUUAACUUUGUCUAUACAGCCCCAGUCACACCUUCCUGUGAUUUGCACAGCAUUCCUAAACACUUCCUGUAAAGUUAGAUCUAAUGUUGAAUGUUCUUUUUAAUUUACAAUUUUGUAUCUACUGCUCUGUUAAAAGCUUGCUAGACCUUGCAGGAGCCUCCUGUGUGCGAUUAAAGUUCAAUUUACAGAGCAGGAGAUAAAAACCUCUGAAGUAGGUUAACAUCUAAAUGAAACAAUUUUUGUUUUUCCCAUGCAGGCUGUAUCAGUCACAGACAGUAGAGGUGUGGCUAGAGCUGCAUAAAAAGAAAUAAGUUAUUUAACUCGUAAAUUACAUAGAAUUGAGCAGUGGGACUUCAGCGACAUGAUCUAUAUAUCAAAACUGCUUCAUUAAGCCUCAAGUUGUUUUGGUGACUAUAGCAUCCCUUUAAAUGUGAAUUGUAUCUCAAUUAUUUUUUACAUUAUAUAAAUUUGCAUAAACAAAUAUGAUAUAAAAUAUCCACAUUUGAAGUUGCUGCUUAUGAGCAGGGUCAACCCACAGCAGUGUAAAGCUGCAUAUUUAUCAUAACCGUGUUUAAAAGGGAGGAACUGACUAGCAGGUUUCAAAGUUCUUUUAGCACCUCCUCUGUUCUGCACAGAGCAGGGUUUUCAUGACUUGUAGCUAUCUUCCUUCUACUUGGGAAGGACAUUAGCUGAACUACAAUUUUCUGAUCAUUUUGGUAUGAUUGCAAGCACUACCACUGUCUAACUCCGUUCACAAACCAAAAAGAAAGCAUUUUUAUCGAGUCGCACAGUGAAAACUUGAAUUUGCAUAUAAAGAUACCUUAUGUUAAUAUGAAUACGCGGUGAAUAGAGUAAGGAGCACAACCAUAAAUCUUUAUAUAUAUGAAAAAAUCUUUAUUAAAUGGGUAUAUACUAUAGGACUGUCUCUUUAAAUAUUAUCCACAGAGGUACAAAGUCAUGCUAUUCAAAAGCAUUUACCAGAAAAGCAGUGAUAUAGGCAAAUAUAAACGCUCAAUGCGUAAUAAAUGAAUGAAAUAUCAUGCAAACAGUCCACUAUAAUACUAGUAUAAUGAAAACCCAGACAUAUAAAAAAAAUUCAGCAAACAAUACCAAAUUCAGUGAGAAGUAGGGACAGAGUCAAUUAAAAAAAAAAAAAAAAAAAACGUUUCGGCUGAAAAGCCUUUGUCAAGGGAGCAUAUAUGAAUACGCGGUCCAGGAGACAUAAGUGACAGGGAGAUCACUUUAUGAUCCUUGUAAACCCUUGUUGAUCUUAGCAGACAAGAGAAACACGCACUGAGCAAUAUUGAAGGCAAAACAUGGCCUGGCUGUAGACUGCAUGCUUGACAGUUGCCGCCUAUGUUGUUGCUUUUUUGAAUGGGUAGCAGUGGUCAAAAGAGCGGAAUAUUGGAAAGACUGAUUUCAAGAGGAAAUCCAUGUUACAGGUAUUUUCAGACAACCUUCAAUAUGAGAUAUUAAAGAAGAGGUAACCUAAGCUGAAAAAAAGUUUAAGCUUUUUAAUAAAUGCGAGAAAUACUGACAGUUUUCCUUUAAAUUGUGAGGAGAUUGUGGUGAAAUACUGGUUACAAAAAUAAUUUAUUUUGUAAAAUUUUAAAAUAGUUCCCAAGUAUAGGAAUACUAAGACUAUAAUGCACAAUAGUACUCACUUAUAAAAAGAUCAAACAUUCAAAUUCAUGAUUAGAAAAUGAUAAUGCUAAAGUGAUAAAAAAAUAAUACUAAUAAUAUAACAAAUAGUAGUGGAUGUAGUAUAAAAUAAACUGGUUUCAAACAAGCUAUCCUAAUAUCUGAUUUUCAGUAAUGGAUCGCAAUGUUGCUAGUACACCACUAGAUGUCACUCAAUAGUAGUGUAAUGUUCUUUGAGAGAUUUCUACCUAGUAGCCUAAGUUCUGCAAGAAAUAAAGUUCCCAAUUUAGAUGCAGAGUAAUUCCUAAGGAUGUAGUGUGCAUAGAAAUCCAAUAAGGAAAUAACUGGGGCAACAGGGAAGGUGCAUGUGCCGGUUGGUCCCUGUUUCCUUGAUACAUUGUGAUAUUUCUGGUAUUGACCUUCGAUUUGUUCUUGACACUGACUUUCUCUGUAACCCUUUCCUGACUUGUUUACACGUUUCUUUGAUAUCUCUAAUAUCCUGACCUAAGCUUGUAUUUGACCACAUUUCCGUUCUAUAUUAUGUUAAAGGGACACUCCACUGCCCCCCAUACAAAAAAAAUUAAAACCACUGUUGGGUAGAUAUACCCCAAAUGAAAACUUGCAUGCAUUUAAUUGUCUUAUUUUAAACUGGAGUUGUAUCUAAAAACAGCUUGCAAAAAUGUCAGAGCUCUUAUCUGCUGCCUUUACAAGCCCUCCCCUUCUGACCCUGCCCAGACUUUCUAACUGUCCAAUCACAGACUUGACAAUGCAGCUAAGUGAGAAGUCUAUGCAAAUCAGCCGUUCUGGGCAAUUUCUGCCUCAUGCGUUCAGUGCAAAUAAGCUAACCAAACCAGGAAGUAACAUGACCUAUUGUCUGCUUGAAAAGCCAGGAGGAUGUACUCGGGGUUUGACAAAUUUCAGGCUUCAGGUCGCCAUGAUGUCUGGGAUUUGUGAGCCCGUUCGCUCCGAGGCUGGUUUUUCAGUUUUAUUUAAUAAUGUAAAUUCCUACGUGAUUAUGCCCUUUUAAAAGGGGCUUUAAAUUAAAAUUAGGUUACUCACAAGGAGGUAACCAUUUCAGAUUUUUAUAUUUAUAUAGCGCCAACAAAUUCCAUAGCGCUUUACAUUGGGUGGACUAACAAAUAUGUAAUUGUAACCAGACAAUUUUGAUGCACAUAAACAGAGGGGUUGAGAGCCCUGCUCAAUGAGCUUUUACAUGCUAGAGCGAGUGGGGUAUAGUGACACAAGGUAAGGGAAGUAUUAGGGAAUUAGAUUGGUGGAAUAGUAUUUAAUAAAGACUUAGUGUGAAUUAUUAUUAUUAUUUUUUUUGGAGCCAUUAACAGUUUAACUGAAAUGCUUUUGUGAAAAUUUUUUUUUUUUUUUUUUAAUUCUUUAUUUUUGCAGUGUAUUUUCAUAUAACAGUCACAUAUGAAGGUACCCCAAUGGCAAUCCUUCAAUCCAUUAUGGUCGUUAUUAAUAUAGAGAUACAUGGUGGCACUAUUUUAUAUUUAUGAGUAUUUUGAACAGGUAUAUCUCAAGAACACCUAAGUAACAACAAGGUACAUUAAUCUCAGGUAAAACUAGAACGAUUAUUGCUGCAUAGGAUAUACAAGUUUAAGCUAAACGGUUGAUUACAGUACAUUUACAGCAGGCGCUCACUUGUGUGGUAAAGUAGCGGAGACUCCUGAUGAUUGUGUGUUCAGGUUGUGUGGUCAGUAAUAGUUAUUCCGAUGUGUGCAUCUGUGUAAGCUUUAAUAUGAUACAUGCUUAUGUGUUGCGAGUGUAUAUGAGGAGAGGUAUACGUGAAAAUUGCCAGGCAGGCGGGUAUGGCCCCGUUAAGUGAGUGAGUGGUCGCCUUCUCUGAGCGUGUGAGUGGUAUGUGCAGUAAGGCUUUACACGUGUAUUAAGACUUCCGUAAGAUUGCAACUAAAUGGAGUCAGACCAGCUUUAAGUUUUCCGUUAAAGUCCCACGUUGUUGGUGAGUCUCUGGUUAAAGGGUUGCGGUGUGGCAUAAACAGCUUCUCUUGUAGCAGAGAUUUUGGAUAUGAACCUCCGUGAGUCCCGACAAGUGUCUUCAUUAUCAGCCUAUGCUCUGCACCGGGAGAGAUGGUAGGGAUGUUUGGCAUUCCUGCUGAGGUACGAGUGGGUGUAGCGUCGCUGGUUCCGACGGCUGGCUUAUCCAGCCGCCGGUGUGAAGGCCUGCUUUGCUGUUGCCGGCUGUUGGAGUCACCUUCUGGUUCUCUUGGGCUUCCGGUGACAUCAGGUGAGUUUGGAGCCAUGAGGGGUGCUUUCCUGUUAAUCGCAUUGUGGGUCUCUGCUUCAUUCCGUGUCUAUGAGGAGCUUGAGAGCCCUGUCGGGGUGAUAUUUUUGCGUGGUUCGGUCUUGCCUUCUGGCGUGCAGGCGUUGGGGGCCUCCUUUUGUUUUUUCGCCCGUGUGGCUGUGGCGGGUAUGUGCGCGUUCUCCGAGGGGCAAGUGCGCUGGAUCUGUGGUCUGCCGCUCUGUUAGCCAGUUUCUCCCAGAAGGCAUCUAAUAGGGCGUCGAGUUUGGUUUGUAUUCGUUGCCUUUCUGUAUGGUAAUAGCGGUCCCAUGCGGCGUCUGCCAUUUUGCGGGUCUUGUCAGCCGUGGGCUGCUUGUGGAGUUCCGCUGUCAGCGCUCUUCUGGACUCCGCUGCCUGGGGGGUGUGGACCGGGAUCACCCCCACCAGUCCUGAAGGGGGAGGGAACGGGUAGUCAGUGGCUCGGUAUCUCCGCUGUAGGAGCGGACGUCUUCCCCUCCCUCCCUCCCCCCCCCAUCUCCCAGCUCCGUCCACCAUAGGCUGCAGCCUGCCGCCUCGGUUGCACGGUUAUGGGGCACACUCACCUUUGGUAUCAGGAGAGUCUCCAGGGGGCCCCCAACAUGGGUAGCAUACCCCGAUUUUAUUGCAGGCUUGAAAACUUUGAGUAUUUCCCUUGGAAUCCAUGUGUUUGGCUAGAGCUCCUCCACCAUGCGACUGUGCUGCUUGCAGGUUAGGCCCCACCCCCAAAAAGUGGGUUUUGAAUUUUUUUUUAUUUUUUUUAAGGAGUGGAGACUGGGUAAGCGUCUUUCAGAAAAGGGAAGGUAGUUCCAUAGGAUUUGUGCAGCCCUCGAUAAGUCUUGAAUGCGAGCAUCAGAGGUGGGACUACAAACAGAGGAUAGACACAGGUCUUCAGCAGCGCGUAGGAGUCUAGAUGGGACAUACUUGUGUAUUUGGGAGGUUAGCUAGAUGGGAGUAGCAAUAUGUAGAGAUUUGAACGCAAGAAUCAGAAUUUUGCAUUGAGCUCUAUAUCUUACCGGAAGCCAAUGCAGGGGACUGACAGAAAGGUGAGGCAUGGGAGGUGCGGGCAGACAGGAAGAUGAGCCUCACCAUCGCAUAUAUUAGAGAAUACAAGGGGAUAAGUUGGAACAUGUAAGACCACUGAGAAGCGGAUUACAGUAGUCCAGACGAGAAAGGACAGUGAAAUGGACCAGCACCUUAGUCGCAUCUGGCGUUCAAUAGGGGCGGAUGUGUGUAAUGGUUUUUGAGAUGAAAGUGGCCGGAUUUGGCGAUUGACUGGAUAUGAGAGUGAAGGAGAUGUCGAAGUCAAAGAACACCUAGGCAGUAAGCCUGCGUGGUGGAGCUGAUGGUAGCACCAUUAACGUGGAGGGAGACAGAAAUGGGAGUAACAACAACUGAGGGAGGAAAGACCAGACGUUCUGUUUUGGACAGGUUGAGCUUAAGGAAGUGGGCAGUCAUCCAGUUAGAAAUAGCAGAGAGGCAGUCCAGGCACUCAAGAGGGGCGGGGGAAGAUCGGGGAGGAGAAAAAUCAGCGUGUCAUCUGCAUAGAAAUAAUAUUGGAAGCCAAAGGAGCUAAUGAGUUUACCAAGGGAGGCAAUAUAGAUCGAAAAAAGUAGGGGAACAAGGACUGAACCUUGGGGGACACCAACAGAGAGAGGGGUUGGGAGGAAAAGGCAGAGAAAGAGACUAAAAUAGCACUGGGUGAGGCAGGAGGAGCACCACGAGAGAGCAACAUCUCGUAGACUGCGAUUACGGAAGAUGAGAAGAAGCUGUUAAUGAUAAACCGUAUCAAAAGCAGCGGAAAGGUCAAGGAGUAUUAGGAUAGAGUAGUGACCAUGAGAUUUUGCUGCAAGUAGAUAGAUACAUUGGUCAGAGCAGUUUCCACAAAGUGCUGAGCGCAGAAACCAGACUGAAGUGGGUCGAGCAGAGAAUUUGACCUGAUGAAGUCUGUCAAUCUCACAUACACAAGUCCUUCAAAGAUUAAAGAUCUUUUUUCUUUGUCAUGUCAAUGUCCACAUGUUAUACUGCUUAUAUAUUAUUGAUGUUUUAAAAUGUUGACAAAUAUGUAUAAUUGUUAUUUUUAUUAUUAUUUCUUAAAAAACAUUAAAAAAAAUUAGAAAAGGAUCUUGGACGCAAAAGGCAGUAGCGAGAUAGGGCGGUAGUUUGAUGGGGCGUUAGGGUCAAGGUUGGGCUUUUUUAGAAUCUGGAUUACAGUUGCAUGUUUGAAGGGUAAUGGAAAUAUGCCAGAGGCGAGGGAGAGAUUGUCUCCUUCUCUUGCUUUGCCUCUCACUAAAAUUCUCAGAGUACGGAUGAAAUGCGAGGGAUUAGGAUGAAGGGAGCAGGUGGUGGGACGGGAGAACCAGAACAGAAACUUCUUCUGCUGUAGUGGGUGCGAAUGAACAGCACAGGGAGUGAAGUUGGGAAAAGUAUUGUAAGGGGAAGGAGAGAGAUGAGAAAUCUCUUCCCUAAAUGUAGAGAUCUGGUCAGUGAAGUGAGUUGCAAAGUUUGUGAUGGUUAAGUUGUUAGAAGGAGGAGCAACAGGGCGAAGAAGAGAGUUUAAUGUGUGAAAUAGUCGUUUGGGUUGGCGGGAUAAUGUGGUAAUGAGGAUAUUGAAGCAAUGUACUUUUGCAGAGAAAAGAACCAAGCUGUAAGAGCGCAGCAUAAAUUUAUAGUGGAGAAAGUCAGAUGCAUAACACCAGCAUUGUUCAUCUGUUCUGGAGCGUAUUUGGAGGUAUCGAGUCAGCUUGGUGUGCCAUGGUUGUAGUUGGGGGCGCUUGCAGCGUUUAAGUGUAGGAGGUGCCAUGAUGUCUAGUUGAGAGGAGAGGGUGGAGUUGUAGAAGGAGAUUACAGAGCUAUGGCAGCUGAGGUUUGAGAUGGUUAAAAGGAGUGUUUGGAGGUUAUUGGAGAAGUGCUCUAGGUCAAGACAUUGGAGUUUUCUGUGAUAUUGAUAUUCAUAUGCUAGUCUCUGCCUUUAUCUGGCUUGUUAUUGGUCUGUUAGGAAAUAUUGGAUUUUCCACCCGUGUCACAGAUUUUAUUGUAUUUUUUUCUGGUGUUGGUUGGGGUCUUUAUUUGGACAGGAAAUGAAUUCCUGGUAAUAUAUUUUUGUGUACAAUGGGUGAUUCAUUUAUUUGUUACUCAUAUGAUAUUUUAAUUUCCUAGCGCUUUGGAAUCGGAUUGCAGAACCUGUUGCACGCAUGAGGAGAGAGACUGGAAUGCUACGCCUUUUUCCAGAGUAUCUUAAAGGAGAAGAGAUGUUUGGGCUUACUUUGCAUGCGGUGCUGCGCAUCGCUGAAUCUGUAAGUAACCAAUCUUCAGCUAACAUUUUUAUCAGCCCAUUCUUUUUAUUCUGUUGUAGCUUUGUAUAGUAAUUUAUCAACAUUGUCAUUUCUAUAUUUCACUUUUUAAUGUUAUUCAUUGUAUGUGUUUGAAUUUAGUUGCCUGGGGUGGAGAAUUGUCAGAAUUAUCUCUUCCGAUAUGGUAGACAUCCUUUAAUGGAGUUGCCUCUCAUGAUCAACCCAACUGGCUGUGCCAGGUCUGAGCCAAAGAUCAUGACCCACUACAAGCGGUGAGUAGAGAUUUAUAGAAUAUGCCUUUUUAGAAGAUGAAAAACAUAAACAUACUGAGGUUACAAUUAAAUGUCCAUUGGAGUGAUACGUAAACCAUUAUUUAACUAUGCAUAGGGAUUUAGAUAACUGUUUUUUGGGAGGGGGGGUUAAAUAAAAAUAUUGGUGGUCAAAAUUUUGAUAAGCAUUCAAAGUUUGUAGCAACAAAAGCUUCCCUAUCCCCUUUUAUUUUGUAUUCUUCACGCAUUCUCUAGUCUGUGUGAUGAAUCUUGAAUCUUCAGUUGUCUUUGAACUCACCAGAAAUACUGCAACAGGUUGUGUCUAUUAAAUGCAGCUGUAGGCUAAUUGCUAUGACAGAUUCUUGGGUUAAAGACUAAUUUUUGGAUUAUUACAGAAAAAUAUACUAGUUAAAGUGACACUAUAGGCGCCAGAGCAACUUUAGCUUAAAGGGGCUCAUGGAAGUGGUCUGGGUGCAGUGUCAGUCAUACUUAGUCAUGCAAUGUAAAACAUUGCCGUUUUAGAGAAACGGCAAUAUUUACAUUGCAGCACUAAAACCACCUCUAGUGGCGGUCUACCAGACUGCCACUAGAGACGCUUCCUACUUGCUAGGCAACUUAAGCCUGAAGCCGGACGUCCUCAUGUUCUGCAUGAGGGGUCACGUGGGUGGGGAAGGCAGAUGGGACUAUAGUGUUAGGAAUACAAGUUUGUAUUCCUAAUACUAUAGUAUUUCUUCAAUGAAGCCGUUUUGUGUACAGAUCAUGACCCUGCAGUCUCACUAAUUUUCUGCUAUUUAGGCGUUCAUUUUUAUUUCUGUUCAUGCAGCCCUAGCUACACUUACUUGUGUGUGACUUGCACAGCCUUCAUAAACACAUCCUGUAAAGAUAGCUCUAAUGUUUAAACUUCCAUUAUGUUUAAUUUAGAAUUUUUUUUAAUCUCCUGCUCUGUUAAUAGCAUAUGAUUGAAAAUCAAAGCAUUUUUAUGCAGGCUGUGUCAUCCAGAGGAGGUGUGGCUAGACCUGCCUAAAGUGAUUUAGUGAUUUAACUCCUUUAUCCUAAAUGGCAGAGGAUUGAACAGUGAAAUUGCUGGGGCAUGACUUAACCUCCAGUACUUCUUCAUUAAGCUAAAGUUGUUUUAAUGCCUACAGUGUCCCUAAAAAAAGAGAGAGGAAAAAAAAACAUGAAAAUUUAUAUUUUUAAUGAAAUGGCAAUUUUUGGCACAUAAGCUAAAGCUCUGACCUAGCAGUCAAUUCUAGUUUCAUGGACAGCAGAACAAAAUAGAUAUACCUGAGGACUCCUGUGUGAUGCUGUUUUGCUUGAAUUAAAAGGUUCAUGUCGGUAGGUUUUCAAAUGUAUGCAUUGCUCCAAUGAAAUUUAACCCCUUCAGGACAGGUGACGGACGAGGUCCGUCACAGAGGGGAGACCCUUAACGACGGGUGACGGACCUCGUCCGUCACGCGGUAAAAUUAACCCCGGAUCGCGGCGUUAAUGGUGCUCCCGGUAUGCCUCCGCAUUAGAGGCAUACCGGGAGCACCCGGUCAGGCUGCCCAGCACAUGUGCUCGCUCUGACCGCAAGUCAGAGCGAGCACAUGUGCUCUGUAUACUCACCUACCGGCUCCCUGCACUUCCGGGUUCUGUGUGAAGUGCAGGGAGCCGGAUCAGUGAUGAUCCUGCCCCCUGCUGGAAAAAAAAAUAAAGUUAAUUUAAAGUCCCCCCCCUUACCCAUUUUAAUAAAAAAUUAACCCCUUCCCUGCCAAUUGAUCACUGACUACAGUGAUCAAUUGGCAGGGAUUACAUUUUACUAUGAUCUGAUUUUUUUUUUUAACCCCUGAGGGUUAAUUCUUUUUUUUUUUAACCCUCAGGGGUUAAAUUAAUUAAAUUAAUUAAUUAUUUUUUAAUUAUAUAUUUAGCUAGCUGGGGUGGGUGGAAGUUAGUGGGGAAUUGGGGGAUUUGGCGUUAGGCUAACUAGGGGUUAACGUUAAAAAAAGUUUUAAAAGAAACUUUAAAAAGUUAAAAAUUAAGCUUAAAAAAAUGUUUUAAUAACAUUUAAAUAAAAAAAACAAAAAAAACACACUUUACCUAGUCCAAAUAAAAAUUAACCCCUUCCCUGCCAGUCGAUCACUGCCUACAGCGAUCAAAUAGAGAUCACAGUAUUAUACUGUGAUCUAAUUUUUUUUAACCCCUGAGGAUUAACUUUUAUUUAUUUUUUUAACCCUCAGGGGUUCAAUUUAAUUAAUUUAAAUAUUUUAUAACUAUAUAUUUUGCUAGCUGGGGUGGGUGGGAGUUAUGGGAAAAUGGGGAAUUUACUGUUAGUGCUGCAUACUGCUAGUUAGGGUUUAACGGUAAAAAAAAAAAGCUUAGAAAAAUGUUAAAUCUGUAAAAAAGUUUUAAGAAAGUUUAGGAAAGUUUAAAAAAAAUUUAUAAGCAAAACAAAAGUUUAAAAACUAGUUUUUAAAAGUAAAAAAGUUAUAAAAAGUAAAAAAAUACAUUUUAAAAACGCUCAUUACCACUACACCUGGAACAAACUAGAGAAAAAAUUAUCCCACGCCAAGGUUCAAAAUAUGCCUUUUGAAUUACCCCAGGGUGUAUUCUUUAAUAAAUAGUAUGUGUUUGUGGGGAAGUUUCAAUAACCAACCGUCUAAACUACUCCAAAUUGGAACAUGGACACAGCGUAAAACUUCAAAGUUAGAAAAAAACUGAAUGGCUGCGUCUCAAAUGCGCCCCUUCAACAUCCACAUAUACCUGGCAAAGGUACAUACGGGGGUAUUGCUGUACUCAGCCGACAUAGCUGAGCAACAUAUGAAGUAUUAUACAGUCAUAGUACACAUAAGGUUUGCAAAAUAUGCUGCGCAAACUCACUUUGUAUGUCAAAAAGGCAGAAAAAAUGCUUAUUACCACUACACUUGGUACAAGCUAGCGGAAAAAUGAUCCCACGCUAAGGUUCAAAAUAUGCCUUUUGAAAUACCCUGGGAUGUCUUCUUUAAGAAAUGGUAUGGCUUUAUGGGGAAUUUGGAUUAUAUAGCCUGGUAAAAUACUCUAAAAUGGGACAUAGGCACAGCAUAAAAAUUCAAAGUUUGAAAAAAACUGGAAUGGCUGUGUCCCAAAUGUGCCCCUCCGAUGUCCACACAUACCUGGCAAAGGUACAUACGGGGGUAUUGCUGUACUCAGCCGACAUAGCUGAGCAACAUAUGAAUUAUUAUACAGUCGUAGCACACAUAAGGUUUGCAAAAUAUACUGUGCAAACUCACUUUGUAUGUCAAAAAGGCAGAAAAAACGCUUAUUACCACUACAUCUGGUACAAGCUAGCGGAAAAAUGAUCCCACGCUAAGGUUCAAACUAUACCUUUUGAAACACCCUGGGGUGUCUACUUUAAGAAAUGGUAGGCCUUUGUGGGGUAGUUUGAAUUUAAAACCUGCGAAGAUGCUUGGAAAUUGCACAUAGGCCCAGCGUCAAAAUUCAAAGUUUGGUAAAAACGGAUAUGGCUUGGUCUCCUAUAUGGCACUGUAGCUUCACAAAAUAGUGACAAAGACAUUCAUUGGGGGUGUAUUUUUACUCAAAAGACUUAGCUGAGCAUAAUUUGGGAGGUUUGAACUUAGUGGCACAUAUGAAAUAUACAAAACGCCCAGCAAAAAUGCAAUCCGUAUGUAAAAAAUGCACAAAAUAAUUUUUUUACCACAUACUUUGGCAUAUAUUGGUGAAAAAAUGGGGGUAUGUUAAGGCACAAUAUGCACCUUAUGAGAUACCCUGGAGUGUCUACUUUUACAAAUGGUAGGCCUUUGUGGGGGUUUUUUGAACAGUCAAACUGUUAUAAUACCCCAAAUGGAAGCUAAGGCUCAUUAAAUCCAUCUCUCAAAAUUCUACUGUGAAUACUGAAAAGGACAGGUAUCCUGUAUGGCACUGUAACUUCACGAAAUAGUGCAAAAGACAUACAAUGGGGGUGUCAUUUUACUCAGCAGAUGUAACUGAACACAAAAUAAAACUUUGUACAGGAAUAGCACACACCAACUUUACAAAAUAUACACGAGAAUUUCUCUGUUAUAAGUUUGUGUGCCAAAAACCAAAAAGAACACAAUUUUACUCCAAUAUUUAGCAGAGGUUGGCGGUAAUAUGGCUACGUAGAAAGUGUCAAAACAACCUUAGGUAAAUAGCCCGUGAUGUCUACUUUAUAUAAAUAUAUACUUUUGUGUGGCAAUUUUGUUUUCUUUUAUGGCUAUUAAGCUUACAAGACAAACAUACCAAAUUCUAAAAUCGCUCCACAUUAAAAGUUUAUUUUACUCCUUGUGCUUUGUGACCUGUAACUACCAAAAAAAACUUAAAAUCCCAGACACAUUAUAUAUUCUGUAAAUCAGAACAAAUAAAUAAAUUUAUUUUUAAUUACUUUCCUUAACCUGCACUAAUUAUGCACACAUUAUUAUUGCAAAAACUGUAAAAAAAAACAAUAUUUUUCAUUUUUUUUGCAUUUUUCUGUAUUUUUUUUAUAAUAAGUAAGCAUUUAUAUAUAUAUAUGUUAUAUCAAAUUAAAGCCCUUUCUGUCCUUUAAAAAACAGUAUAUAAUAUGUGUCGGUGCAAUAAAUGAGAGAGAUGCAAAUUGCAGUUGAACGCAAACAGCAAGAAAAUGCAAAAAUUGCUUGUGUCAUUAAGCGUAAGUCAAGCUUCUGAAGCUGUGUCCUUAAGGGGUUAAAUCAAAUUUGAUUAUUUAUAUUAUGUGUAUGUAUAUCUGGUUAUUUCAAAAUGGCUUCUGUAAUCCAGUCACCCUCUGUGUUGCCCAUUGUUGCUGUUUGUCUUCUCAACGUCUGCUUCUGUAAUUUUUUUUUCUUUAUGGACAUUGGAUAAAACUAUGCAAAUGUGAAGCUGAAAGUGCAGCUGUAGGCAGGACCUUCCCACCCGAAGGUGAAAUGGUCCGAUAAAGUGCUCAUUCUGUUGUGUCUGCAUGGAUCUGAUCACAACUCUGUCCAGCAGAGGACGAUAGCCUCAAAGUUCAGUUGAAGUCAUCAUUGCUCAGUUUAGCUCUCUCCUGUGAGGAGUAGAGUACCUUUUUGUUUGUAGCAGGUGUACUCCACUCAAAUAGGACCAAAAUUGAUAAGAACAACUCAGAACUUAGUUCUAAACUGCUUAAUUGACAGCUCAGUGAGCGAUCUUUUAGAUUAAAUGACGUGGUCAGGUUCUCGCUCCCCUGUUUGUUUACCUUGCUCUCUUUCGCCAUGUCACUCUUCCUCUUGUGGGGUUUCCGUGCUUGCGAGUUUUGGGGUUCCUGGAGUGGUUGUGCUGCUAACAAACGCUGAUUGGCUCUAAAAUGCUCGCAAGUGGUAGAAAUUGUACUGUGGCUCCUUCCCUCUCCUCACAUUGGCCCGCAUUCCACUUUAGGCACCAGUCACAGUCAUGGUCUGUGUUUAGGGUGGAACCAUCACUAGAAAUGGGCUCCCUAGGCAUAUGUUCCCUGGCCUUUCCUUCAGGUAUUCCUGACCAUAUCUGCACUUUAUCCCUGUUUCGCUUUAGUUUAUUUUGAAAUGUCAUUUCUGUGUUUCGGGUUCCUUCCACUAACCUGACAAAUGCUUUUUACAAAUCUUUGCUGCUAUAACCCACACUAAUCUAAGUGUGCUCUGGAUGUUCUAAGCACCAAGCACUUUUCAAUAUAUCAAAGUGCUUAUGAUAUGUAGACUGACCCUUUAACAAUUGUGUGAUCGAAAAGUAAUGUGUUGUAAGGAAUUGUGCGGGAUGUAUUUUUUUUCUUUGUUUUGCAUAAUGUUUCAUUUGUUGUUGAUACCUUUCUUUAUAGGCCUCACACUCUGAACAGCACUAGUAUGUCCAAAGCCUACCAGAGCACCUUUACAGGGGAGACAAAUACACCCUAUAGCAAGCAAUUUGUGCACUCAAAGUCCUCCCAGUACCGUCGGCUGAAGACUGAGUGGAAGAACAAUGUAUAUCUGGCUCGUUCAAGAAUUCAGGGAUUGGGCUUGUAUGCAGCAAAGGACCUGGAGAAGCACACGAUGGUCAUAGAGUACAUUGGCACCAUAAUCCGGAAUGAAGUGGCCAAUCGUCGGGAAAAGAUCUACGAAGAGCAGGUGAAGACAGCUUUACUGUUUGGUUCUCCCAGAUCUCUGUUACUACUAUCACCACGACCACUUCAGUGAUUUGAAGUGAUUAGGUGGUAAGAGUAUGUUUGUGCAGUGUUACUGCUUGAAACACUGCACAUGCAUUAUUUUCAGUUGUGUGCUGGAAACCAGUUGCACCACCAGCACAUGUGACUUGAGUAGCCCUGAACUCUGUUCAUGCUGCCUAAUUUCAAUUCUGUGCUGUCUUGCCUUUGCAGGGCAGCUGCAAGGGUAAAAUAGCUCUCCCCUACCUUUCAUCUCUCACCAUUGAAUAAAUAGGAGGAAUUCUCCCUCCCUCCCCUCCCUUUGCUGGCACAGAGAGCACGCAUGCACUCAGAGCCAGCGUAUCAAUCUAAUCACAGACUUCUCAGUGAGAAAAUCAGGACUGGCAGCUGCGCCUAGUUCUGGAUUAAGGUACGUUUAAAACAUUUAAAUUUUUUGCAAGUUUUGACAGGAACAGGGGCCUAAUAGCUAUGACCUAUGGGGCAUUUAUAAAAAAAAAAAAAAUUUAAUUGUAUAUCAGGGUCGGAGUAACACUUAAUAUGAACAGUCAAGCAAGGUUUGAGGAUUGUUUGUUUUGGUUUUUUUCACCCAUGGAUCAGCAAAAUCGUAUUUUCUUUAGGACCACCUACAAACAAUAAUGGGGAGUAUACAUCUGCUUCCUAAACACAUCCUUUGGGAAAAUGGUACAUGCCCACCAUCCCCAAUUCCUGACCUCAGGCUUUGAAGAGCCAAAACCUUCCACUUUUGGCAUGGUAUUGGGUUAAAUUUUUUCCAUCCUUGAGUUUUGGACUUGUUUCCCUCCAACUACUACUCCUCAUGUCAUCACUUUUACAUUAAAUUAAGUGCCUCUCAUUAACAAAGGGCAUCUGUAAAUUACUGACAAAAGCCUGAAAGACUAAAAUGAACGAGUAAUAAGCGUAAAUUUCUAAAAUGAACAAAUACAUCAAAAAUUAAACUUUUGUCUUUUGUUUUUGUUCCAGAACCGGGGGAUAUACAUGUUUCGAAUAAAUAAUGAACAUGUGAUUGAUGCCACUUUGACCGGUGGGCCUGCCAGGUAAGAUUUUACAGUUUAUGGGCUGGUAAUUAGAAAAGUUUUUAGAAAGAAAUGUUUCUAACUGCCCCUUGCUUUUUAAGGUACAUUAACCAUUCCUGCGCCCCCAACUGUGUUGCUGAGGUAGUAACAUUCGACAAAGAGGACAAGAUUAUCAUUAUCUCCAGUCGCAGGAUCCCAAAAGGAGAGGAGGUAACGGUUUGGUACACGUAGUGUGAUGGAACAUUAGUGCCAGGACAAUGUUUAAUCAAAAUUACUUUAUAGAAAGGUAACCUGGUGCCUGUACAUGUGUGCUUAUAGUCUUAGAAACUGGAAUCUCUUUCUCAUUCCUGUCGCAUUCCUUGCAUCCUGUCAAUUUGUAAUGACUCAUGGGAAUUUACGAUUAUUUGCUUCUGUUUUCCAAGUGUCAUCAUAUGUUAAAACUCUUAAAAUUACAAAUGCUACAGUAUUAAAUUAUAAAUUGUAGGAUCAGGCAGCAGCGCCUGUGAUGGGAUUCCCAUGCUCAGAGCGAUACGGAGGAGGGAAGGAAAGACACGGAUAUAGUGUAGUAUGUUGAGAUCUUUAGUGAUGGUAAAUGAAGGGAAAGGAAUUGCACUUAUACUCUGCUCCAGAUAUGUGUGCCUGGAUGGUACAAUCCCCACCUAUGGAUAUGUAGAUGGUCCUUGGAUGUCAACAUACUACACUAUAUCUGUAUAAUUUUCCUUCCCUCCUCCAUAUCUCUCUGAGCGUUGGAAUUCCAUCACAGGCGCUGCUCCCUGAUCCUACUAUUUACAUCCAUCGUACCACCAGAAAAGAAGAGACUCUGUUUUUUUGGAAGUUUCAGCAGCCACAUACUAUAAUUACAAGUACUGAUAUUCCUCCUACCCCUCUAUUCAUCAGUAUUAAAUUAUACUCUAGACCUUAAAAUGUUGUUAAUGCUCUCGCUUAAAAAAAAAAAAAAAAAAAAAUCAUGUUGGUGUGUUCAUUUAAGUACAUUUUCACUUUAGUCAUUGUCAGUCUGAUAUUGAUCUAACCUGGUUGGAGAGGUUAAGCAGAGAACUGGAUUUUAUAAAGUUAUCUGGUUAUAAACCUUGUUUUCAAGAGGUUUAGAGGAAAAAGAAAUACAACAUCCGAUCAGGGUCAUGGAUAUUGGGUAAAUGAUUUGUUUUGAAUGGGAGUGAUUAUUACAUAUUUGGAGGCAAUUGGAAAAGAACCAGGAGAAAGUGAAGACAUGUUAAUCGAAGCUGCAACUAGAGAGGGGGAAAGAAACCUAAAAAUCUGUGUAUGUGGGUUGUAGGGAGCGAGAGAGAGAGAGAGUUGAAAUCUUCUCUAUAGUAACUGGUGAAAACAAGCUUGUGGUAGGGUAAAUAGGAUGGAGCUUAAUAUAUAAACAGUUUAAAGCCGGUAGCUCACAGUUUAUUUAGCAUUAUACGCAACAAAUGUAACUAUGUAACAUUGUAAUUUACCAACCUUUCAUUUCUUCUUGCUAGCUCACAUAUGAUUACCAGUUUGACUUUGAGGAUGAUCAGCACAAGAUCCCAUGUCACUGUGGAGCGUGGAACUGCCGGAAAUGGAUGAACUGA